GGCCCUCCUGAGCAGUUUGAGCAUUCCCAACCUCGCCUCGGGUGGAGGGAUUGCGAGGAGGGAAAGCAAAACUACACGGCCUCUAUUCUGUGUAGUUUUGUUUUUUUUCGGGGGAUAUUUUGAGGCUCGACCGUUCUCAUCUUGGAUUUUUCUGGAAAAACCUUUCUGGAUAAGGAGACUGUUGCUCGUUGCUCUGCCGGGCUCCGUCCCAUCAUUUCAGGCACUCUUGUGAUACAAGGUGCCGAUCAUCAUGUCAACUCAAGCGCCGACGUUCACGCAGCCGCUACAGAGCGUCGUGGCACUGGAGGGUAGUGCCGCCACGUUCGAGGCUCAAGUUAGUGGUUCUCCAGUUCCUGAGGUGAGCUGGUUCCGUGAUGGCCAGGUACUUUCUGCUGCCGCUCUGCCCGGCGUUCAGAUCUCGUUCAGCGAUGGCCGCGCUGUUCUGAGGAUUCCUGCUGUGACCGCCGCGCACAGCGGACGAUUUUCUGUCAGAGCCACCAACGGUGCUGGACAAGCCACAAGCACAGCCGAACUAUUAGUUACAGCGGAGACGGUGCCUCCGAGCUUCAUUCAGAGACUACAGAGCUCCACGGUGAGACAGGGCAGCCAGGUGAGGCUGGAUGUUCGCGUCACCGGGAUCCCCGCACCUGUGGUAAAGUUCUACAGAGAAGGGGCCGAGAUCCAGAGCUCCACCGACUUCAGGAUCAUCCAGGACGGAGACCUGCACAGCUUGCUGAUUGCUGAAGCCUUCCCAGAGGAUUCUGGGACGUAUUCAGUGACAGCCACCAACAGCAGCGGACGGGCCACCUCCACAGCCGAACUGCUGGUUCAGGGCGAAGAAGCCGUUCCAGCAAAGAAAACAAAGACCUUGAUUUCAACCGCCCAGAUUUCAGAGACCCGACACACCAGAGUAGAAAAGAAGAUGGAGGCCAGUUUCCAGGCUUCCGCCAUGAUGGAGAUGCAGAUAGAGGGCGCAGAGCUGGCUCACAAGACUCCACCCAGAGUUCCUCCGAAACCCACAUCCAAGUCACCAACUCAGCCAUCACUGGUGGCCAAGGUGACCGGGGGACGGCAACAGUCACCGUCACCUGUCAGACAUGUGAAGGCACCCACACCCACGCCUGUCAGGGCGGUCCCGCCCCCUAUCACCGCACACAAGCAGGCCGCCGGGGACGUCCUCCCGCCCUGGAAGCAGGGAGACUACGUGGCCGAGGGCAGGACUGUCACUCAGUUGGUCCGGGAGCAGCAGGUCACCAUGGUCAAACAGGCUGAGGGAGGGAAAAGAGCGGGGGCAGUGGCCACCGUGGUGGCUGCCGUCGACCUCGCUCGUGUCCGUCAGCCCGCGCUUGUCGAGGGGGGUCGAGCUGAAGAGGACGAGGCUGUAGAGGCGGACUUAAGACAGCAGGCCGCCACCGUGGCUGCUGAUCAAAGCUAUCAAGCUGCUUUGACAUCAACAAGAAUGCAAAGUGGGCUCAUGCUUUCUACUGCUCAGGAGUUUACACGUGAAGCAGCCGUGCUGCAGCCUCAGAUUCAGGGAGUGACAGAAAUCUGCUCCCGUGUGGACACUGGUCUCACCCCGUCUCCAGUUCCACAAUUCACAGUUUCUAAAGUGUCUGUCCCAAAACUCGAGUCUAGCAGUGAGGUUUCCAUCGCCGGCUCAGCCAUGGCCACUCUGCACAAAGAGUUAUCCUCGUCUUCUACCACUAUUCGAAAGAUCAUCAAGCCUGUCAAGUCUCCCAGUCCAUCUCGCAGAGUAGCAGAGACCAGAGAGAUGCUGGAGACCAUCCCACCACCGUUCAAACACUUCACUGACAAAUAUCAGAGUCGUUCUGAGUUACAGACCGGGGUGGUGUACUCAGGCAGACUGGAGAGAAUGUAUGAGGACUGGGGAGCCCAGGUGGUGGAGGCAGCUGCGGUGCCUUCUGCCGGUGGUGCUGUGGUCCCUCCCACGCUGAUUUCUGGAUUGAAGAACACAAAUGUGAUCGAGGGCGAGUCUGUGACCCUGGAGUGCCAAAUCAGCGGUCAGCCCACCCCCAUCAUUAUGUGGUUCAGAGAGGACUACAAGAUUGAGAGCUCCAUUGAUUUCCAGAUCACCUACGAGAGUGGAUUUGCCAGACUGGUGAUCCGUGAAGCAUUCGCUGAAGACAGCGGCCGCUUCACCUGCACAGCUACCAAUGAGGCGGGAACUGUCAGCACGUCCUGUUACCUGCUUGUCCAGGUGUCUGAAGACAUCGAGAGCAGAGAGGAGAUUGCUGUUGUUACAGAACAUGUUGAAACUGCUCAAUUAAGAGAAACCAGAGAGGAGACCCAGGUGAGCAUGGUGGAGUCAGAGACUGCUGCUGCUGCUCCCUUCUUCAUCAAGAAACCAACCAUCCAGAAGCUAGUGGAGGGUGGAAGUGUUGUGUUUGAAUGUCAGAUUGGGGGAAGCCCCAAACCACACAUCAUCUGGAAGAAGAGUGGUGUCCCACUCACUACCGGAUACAGAUACAAAGUUGCCUACAAGAAGGAGACUGGAGAGUGCCGUUUAGAGAUCUCCAUGACCUUCGCCGAUGACGCUGGAGAAUAUGCCGUGUUUGCCAAGAAUAAGCUUGGAGAAGUCUCUGCCUCCGCCAGUCUGCUGGAGGAAGAGGAAUAUGAAGCCUACAUGAAGAAACAGGAAGCAAUGUUUAAGACUGAAGUGACAUCCAUUGUGCAAGAGCCCAAGGUGGGAGAUAUUCCCCCUGUCACUGUUACAACAAUGGAGAAGAUAACCACCACCAUUAUCUCUGGACAGGAAUUCCAUCUGUCUGUCAUCGAGCAGAGGAUCAUCCAGGAGAUUGAGUUUACCAUUAUGAAAAUCAGCUACAGAGAGAUUGUGACAGAGGACGGAGAGCUGAUGGUGACUGCCACUGAGACUGAGGCAGUACAGCCAGCCUUUGACACUCCAGUGAAAAGUUACAGGAUCAUGGAGGGGAUGAGCGUUACUUUCCACUGCAAGAUGUCUGGAAUGCCGCUCCCCAAGAUUGCUUGGUUCAAAGAUGGCCAGCGUAUUAGGGCUGGAGACCAUUACCAAAUAGAGGUUCUUCAGGAUGGACGGGCCAGCCUUCGCCUGCCUGUAGUGAUACCCGAAGAUGAAGGCGUGUACACCGCAUUUGCCACCAACAUGAAGGGUAAUGCUGUCAGUUCUGGGAAGCUCUAUGUGGAGCCAUGUGAAAUAGUAACACCUCAGCAAUUCACACCACAGCCAGCAGUGCAGAGGAUCAGGUCCACAUCUCCUCGCUCUCUGAGCCGCUCACCUGGCCGUUCUCCCAGUCGUUCACCUGGACGUUCUCCUGCUCGUCGGCUAGAUGAGACUGAUGAGGCUCAGCUAGAAAGACUCUACAAGCCUGUUUUUGUCAUGAAGCCUUCAUCAUAUAAAUGUUCUGAGGGACAAACUGCCAGAUUUGACCUGAAGGUUGUGGGCAGACCAAUGCCUGAGACGUACUGGUUCCACAAUGGACAACAAACAGUUAGUGACCACACCCACAAGAUCGUGGUUAAAGAGGAUGGCACUCAGUCCCUGAUCAUCGUUCCAGCUUUGCCACAAGACUCCGGGGAGUGGACUGUGGUGGCUCAGAACAGAGCUGGACGCACAUCCAUCUCCGUCACUCUCGCUGUUGAUGCCAAGGAAACCCUGGUGCGUCCACAGUUCACUGAGAAACUGAGGAACAUCAGUGUGAAGCAGGGCACUCUGGUUGAACUGGCUGUCAAAGCCAUUGGAAACCCACUGCCUGAUAUCGUCUGGCUGAAGAACAGCGACAUCAUCACCCCACACAAGCACCCAACCAUCAAGAUUGAAGGAACCAGAGGAGAGGCUAAAUUCCAGAUCCCAUCAGCAGCUGGCUCAGACAGCGCCUGGUACACUGCUACAGCCAUCAACAAGGCUGGCAGAGAUACCACUCGCUGCAGAGUCAAUGUUGAGGUGGAAUAUGCUGAGCCUGAACCAGAGAGGAAACUCAUCAUUCCCAAAGGAACAUACAAAGCCAAAGAGAUCGCUCCUCCAGAGGUGGAGCCGCUUCAUCUGCGAUAUGGUCAAGAGCAGUGGGAGGAAGGCGACCUUUAUGACAAAGAGAAGCAGCAAAAACCACAGUUCAAGAAGAAGCUGACAUCUGUCCGCAUGAAGCGCUUUGGUCCAGCUCAUUUUGAGUGCAGACUGACUCCUAUUGGUGACCCCACAAUGGUGGUGGAGUGGCUGCAUGACGGCAAACCUCUGGCUGCUGCUAACAGAUUGCGCAUGGUGAAUGAAUUUGGUUACUGCAGCCUGGACUAUGAAGCCGCUUAUGCUAGAGACAGCGGCGUCAUUACCUGCAGAGCGACCAACAAGUACGGAGUUGACCAAACCUCAGCCACCCUGAUUGUCAAGGAUGAGAAGGGCCUUGUUGAGGAAUCACAACUUCCUGAAGGAAGGAAAGGUGCCCACCGGAUCGAUGAGAUGGAGCGUUUGGCUCAUGAAGGUGGACCUUAUGGAGUCACUGCUGAAGAAGAAACAGAGAAGAUGAAGCCUGAGAUCGUCCUUCUUCCAGAACCAAUCAGAGUUUUAGAGGGUGAAACGGCUCGAUUCCGCUGCAGAGUGACCGGAUAUCCAACACCAAAAGUUAACUGGUACCUCAAUGGACAACUUAUCCGCAAAAGCAAGAGAUACAGACUUCGCUAUGAUGGCAUUUACUACUUGGAGAUAACUGACAUCAAACCAUAUGAUUCAGGGGAGGUCAGAGUCGUAGCAGAUAACAAUCUGGGCUCCGUUGAGCACGUCGUAAAACUGGAGAUUCAGCAGAAGGAGGACUUCAGAACUCAUCUGCGCCGCGCCCCUGAGGCUAAGCCAGCCGAGGCUGCACCUGAACCUGGAAAAGUAUCAUUUGAGGUAGUUAAAGCUGAAAAGCCUACAGAGGACACUCAGCUGAAAGAGGUCGUUAAACUCAAGAAGGCCCAGAGAAUUGUCCAUGAGAAAGCCAGUGAGGAGUCAGAGGAGCUGAGGAGUAAGUUCAAGCGCAGGACAGAGGAAGGCUAUUACGAGUCUAUUACCGCAGUGGAUCUCAAGUCUCGUAAGAGAGAUGACUCCUAUGAGGACCUGCUGAGGAAGACAAAGGAGGAACUGCUUCAUCGUGCCAAGGAGAAGGAGGAGGCUGAGAAGAAGAAGGAGGAAGAGCGUCGCCAAGUUACUGCCAAGCCUCUAAAACCAGAGAGGGUCAAGCUCUCACCCAGCAUGGAAGCACCAAAGAUCCUUGAGCGUAUUACCAGCCAGACAGUCGCACAGGGUGACGAAGUCAAGUUUAGAGUCAGAGUUGUUGGCAGACCAGAACCUGAGUGUCAGUGGUUCAAGAAUGGAGUUCAGCUGGAGAAGUCUGACCGUGUUUACUGGUACUGGCCUGAGGACCAUGUUUGUGAACUGGUGAUCAGGGAUGUCAUAGCAGAGGAUUCUGCCAGUGUCAUGGUUAAAGCUUCCAGUACUGCUGGAGAGACUUCAAGCCACGCUUUCCUGUUGGUGCAAGCAAAACAAGUCGUUAACUUCACUCAGAAGUUGGAGGACGUCAGUGCCAAGGAGAAGGAUACCGUGGCUACCUUUGAGUGUGAAACCAACGAGCCUUUUGUGAAGGUCAAAUGGCUGAAGAAUAAUGUGGAGAUCUUCUCUGGAGACAAAUACAGAAUGCACUCUGACAGAAAGGUUCACUUCCUGUCUGUGCUGAUGAUCGAAAUGAGGGAUGAUGCUGAAUAUACAUGCGUGGUUGUAGAUGAUGAUACUGUCAGGACAGUCGCCAAGCUUAAUGUUGAAGGAGCUCCUCUGGAGCUGUUAAAGCAGCUGGAGAGCACCGAGGUGCCUGAGACUUACUCCGGAGAGUUUGAAUGUAUUGUCUCUCGUGAAGAUGCCGAAGGCAGCUGGUACUUUGGAAAUAAUCUGCUGACUCCCAGCAGUAAAUACGUCAUCUCCUCCCGCCGUGGAAGACACACUCUCUCUGUGAAAGACGUCAAGAAGGAAGACCAGGGAGAAUAUACCUUCAAAGUGGGCGAGUUUAAGACAAGUGCCUCUCUGAAGAUGAAAUUGCGUCCAGUGACCUUGAUGCAGCCUUUGUCUGACAUGACCGUCUGCGAGGGUGACAUCGCUCAGCUUGAGGUCAAGUUCUCCCAGGAGAAUGUUGAAGGAACCUGGAUGAAGAAGGGGCAGCCCAUCACAGCCUCCAGCCGUGUGCAUAUAGUUAUUGACAAACAAAUUCACAAACUCCUUAUAGAAGAUACAACCAAGGACGACUUUGGAAUGUAUUCCUUCGAGGUUCCUGAUCAUGGAAUUUCAACCUCUGCAAAGCUGGUCAUUCAGACUAUUGGCAUCCUGGUCCCACUGAAGGACAGUCAUGCAAUUGAGGGUACAAAGGCCGUCCUAGAGGCAAAGAUCUCUGCUCAGGACAUCAGCUCAGUCAAAUGGUACCACAAUGACAACCUGCUGACAGCCAGUGAGCGAAUCCAGAUGGUGGCAAAGGGAACCAAGCAGCGCCUGGUUUUCACCAGAACAUACGCCUCGGAUGAAGGAUACUACAAACUGGUGGUUGGCCGAGCUGACACCAGCUGCAGAUUUACUGUUGACCCUGUCCAGAUUGUGACACCAAUGAAAGACAAACAGUGCUCCGAGUCUGAAAAUGUCACCUUCGAGGUUGAGGUCUCUCACGCAGGCAUUGAUGCUUUCUGGACCUUUAAGAGACAGCCGAUUAAAGCUGGUCCCCAGUACAAGAUGGAGUCCAAGGACAAGAGGCAUAGGCUCACGGUCAUGAAUGCAAUGAAGGAUGAAGAGGGCGAGUACAUGUUUGCUGCUGGUGAGAAGAUGUGCAGUGCUUCACUCACCGUAACAGGUGGUGCCAUUAAGAAGCCCCUACAUGAUUUGGUGGUAGCUGACUCCCAGACUGCUGUGCUGCAGUGUGAAGUUGCUAACCCAUCCGCAGAGGGCAAGUGGCUAAAAGACGGUCAGCCUGUUGACUUCAACGAGAAUGUGCUGAGCGAGGUGGACGGUGCUGUCAGACGCCUCGUUAUCAUCAUCACUAAGGCCACUGAUGUUGGAGAGUACACUUACCAGGUCGCCACCUCCAAGACCUCAGCCAAUCUGAAAGUCGAGGCUGUCAAAAUCAAGAAGACCCUGAAGAACCUGAAUGUAGUCCAGACUCAAGAAGCCACGUUCAGCCUUGAACUGACCCAUGAGGAUGUAAGGGGAGCACAGUGGAUCAAGAAUGGCAUUGAGAUCCAGCCCAGUGAUAAAUAUGAAAUUAGUGUUGAAGGCACACUUCACACAUUGAAGGUCAAGAACUGCAGCACACAUGAUGAGUCUGUUUACUCCUUCAAACUGGGAAAACUGUCUGCAAGUGCCAGACUCAAUGUGGAAACCAUUAAGAUCCUGAAGAAGCCAAAGGAUGUGACAGCACUGUUAGGAGCAACAAUUGUAUUUGAAGUUGGCAUCUCAGAGGAUGACAUCCCAGUGAAAUGGAUGUUCAAUGACAAAGAGCUGGUGUCUGACGAGCGCUACAGCAUCGUCUCUGAGAAGAAGAACCACAAGCUGAUUGUCCACGACGUGGACGACAGCGUGCAGGGCGACUACAUUGCUGUUGUAGGACACCUGCAGUGCAGCGCUCACCUCAUUGUUGAGUCUCUACGUGUCACAACGCCCAUGAAAAGCGUGGAGGUCACAGAGACUCAGUUGGCCACAUUUGAAUGUGAAGUUUCUCACUUCAAUGUCCCGUCCACCUGGCUGAGGGAUGGUGUGGAGAUUGAGAUGAGUGAGAAGUUCAGGAUUGUGGUUCAAGGGAAACUCCAUCAGCUGAAGAUCAUGAACACCAGCAAUGAAGACUCUGCAGAGUACACCUUUGUCUGUGGGAACGACCGCGUCUCUGCAACGCUAACUGUUAACCCUAUUCUGAUCACAACGAUGCUUGAAGACCUGAACGCUCAGGAGAAGGACACGGUCACAUUUGAGGUGAAUGUGAACUACGAGGGAAUAACGUACAAGUGGCUGAAGAACGGCGUGGAGAUCCGUUCUACAGACCGCUGCCAGGCUCGCUGCAAACAGCUCACUCACUCUCUGAGCAUCAGGAAUGUUCACUUUGGAGACAGUGCCGAGUACACCUUCAUGGCUGGCUCUGCAGUCACUUCAGCUAAACUUCACGUUGAGGCCCGUGUGGUUGAAUUCACCAAACACCUGCGGGACCUGAAGAUCACAGAGAAGAAGAGGGCAACAUUUGAAUGUGAAGUUUCUGAACCAAACAUCCAGGUGAUGUGGAUGAAAGAUGGUCAGGAGCUGGAGCUGUCCGACAGGUACAAAAUGACAUCGGACCAGUUUGUGCACCGUCUGGUUCUGCCCUCUGUGCGUCUGUCGGACGCCGGUGAAUACACCGCUGUGGCCGGUUCAAGCAUGUCCAAGGGCCACCUGGCAGUCGAGGGAAGAGAUGUCAGAAUCUCAGAGCCAGCCACCAGGGACAUCACGGUUGUUGAGAAGCAGAGAGCCACUUUUGAGUUUGAGGUGAACGAGGAUGAUGUAGAAGGUCACUGGCUGAGAAAUGGAGUGGAGCUCCAGUUCACUGUGGAGGAGAGGUUCAAUUAUGCCACCAUCAGGAAGCUCCACCGUCUCACCAUCUCUGAGACCUUCAGGAGCGAUGCUGGAGAGUACACCUUUUUAGCCGGCAAAAACAGGAGCUCUGUGAACCUCCACGUCACAUUGCCAGAGCCACCUCAGAUCAUCAGGGAGAUGCAGCCCCAAACCGCGAUCUCGGGCAGGUUAGUUCGCUUCUCGACACAGGUGAGCGGCCUUCCUCCGCCUCAGGUGUUCUGGUACAAAGAUUCUGAGGUUCUGUCCACGAGCUACAAGUGCAAGUUCCUCCAUGAUGGAGAUGAGCAUACGCUGCUGCUGCUUGAAGUCUUCCCUGAAGAUGCAGGCAUCUAUAGCUGUGAGGCCAAAAACAACUACGGAGAGGUGAUGAGCUCUGCAUCUCUCACUGUGGAAGUUCCGGAGGUGGUUGAAGCCGUGGCUCAGGUUUCCCCUCCGGUCCUCAUCGCUCCCAUGAGGGACCUGCUGAUCUCAGAAGGACAUCCUGCCCAGUUCCAGUGCAGCGUCUCUGGGGAAGAUCUGCAGAUUUCUUGGUUCUGCAAUGACAGAGAGAUUAAACAGUCGGACAUCUUCAGGAUGUCUCAUUAUGAUGACACCUGCCUGCUGGAGAUUUCCCGAGUUCUCCCCAGCCUUGAAGGAGAGUACUCGUGUGUGGCUACAAAUUUGGCAGGAAUGGUCACAUGUGCCGCCACUCUGAAUAGUGAUGUAACUACAGAGGAGAAGGUGACUCAGGUCCAGGAGGAAAUAAAAGUGAAGCCUGUGUUCAGGCACAGAAUUGUCCCAGUGGAGAUAAACAUCGGCAGCUCUGCCAAGUUUGAAUGUGAAACUGGGGACGCUCCAAACGUGAGCUUCAAGUGGUUCAAAGAUGGACACCCCAUCAAAGGGAGUGAAAAGUGCAGGAUUAUCAGUCGCUUCAGCUCUUCCUCCCUGGAGCUUCUGAGGACAACCAAGGAUGACAGUGGCGAAUACACCUGCAAGGCGUCCAAUCAGCACGGCAGUGAUGAAUGCUCCGCCUCCCUCAGUGUCACAGAACAAUUUCCUCCUGUCUUUAUAAGUAAGCCUGACCCUCAGACUGUGUAUGUUGGAAAGAGGGCUGUAAUGCAGUGUGUAAUAGCAGGAACUGCUCCUCUGAAUGUUGUCUGGCUUAAAGACAACCAGGCCUUACCCAAAGUGCCCGCACACUACCAGAGCUCUUAUGAAAAGAAUAAGCACACUCUUGAGAUACCCAGUGCUGAGGCAGCUGACAGCGGGCUUUAUGUGUGCAACGUAUCUAACAAAGCUGGGACAGCUGAAUGCCACAUGGAGCUGUGUGUUAUCGAUAAACCCAACUUUGUAAGGCCCCUGGCUUCAGUCGCCGCUGUGGUUGGAGCUGCUCUGCACCUUGAGUGUCAGGUGGAUGAGGACACUGGAGUAACUGUCACCUGGACCAGAGAUGGCAGAAAAGUCCACCAGUCUCCCGACUGUAAACUGUUGUUUGAGGAUAAGACAGUUACUCUUGAUAUCCUAAAGACCACACUGAAAGAUUGUGGAAAUUAUGUGUGUACAGUGGCAAACGAAGCCGGCAGUGCGUCUUGCUCCACCACGGUGAAGGUACAAGAGCCACCGGUCUUUGUAAAGCGGCUGGAAGCCACAACGAUUUGGAAGCAGGGCAGCACCGCUCGCCUGCAGUGCACCAUCAAAGGAUCUCCCGAACUCCACAGCACCUGGUUCUUGAAUAACAGUGAGCUGUCCACUGGUGGCAGACAUGCUGUCGGUCUGAAAGACGGUGUCGCCACUCUCGAGAUACACGAUGUCCUGUUGACUGACAGUGGAAACUAUACCUGUGAGGUUCUCAAUGAGUGCGGGUGUGAAAGCUGCAGCAUUAAAGUAACAGUGAAAGAACCUCCGUCAAUCAGAAAGGAGUUACUGUCCACUGAGGCGGUCAGAGGAUCGGUAGCUGUGCUGGAGUGUGAGAUUGCAGGCUCUGCACCGCUCGAAGUGUCUUGGAAAAAGAAUAAGAAACGCCUGUCCUCAGAUAAGAAGUACAGCAUAGUGUCACAGGGAUCGCUGGCCUCUCUGGAGAUCCAGUCCUUUGAGAGCGCCGAUACUGGUGAAUACGAAUGUGUCGUAUCCAAUGAGGUUGGGUCAGCAACCUCCAAGUCAGUACUUAAACAAAAAGAGCCACCUGUGUUCUCAAAGAGGAUUGAGAGCGCUACAGCAGUUUUGGGAAAUACAGUGAAAUUACAGGGAACCCUGAAAGGUUCAGUUCCCAUCACCAUUAAAUGGAUGAAAGACUCUGAGCUCCUCAGAGAUGAUGAUCCCAAUAUCAAAAUGUCCUUUGUGAACAACAUCACUAGUAUUUCCUUCUCAUCUGUUGAGCUAAAGCAUGGUGGAAAGUAUACUUGUCUCGCUGAAAAUGAGGCAGGACAGCAAAAAUGUGAAGCUACCUUAACUAUUCAAGAACCUGCUCGGAUUUUAGAGAAAGCAGCCUCCAUCAGCGUGACUGCAGGCGACUCUGCCACGCUGGAGUGCACCGUUUCUGGAAGCCCUGAACUCAAAGUGAAAUGGUUCAAAGACGGCAAGGAGAUGAUCAGUGGUCGUAAAUAUAAAAUAGCAGUUAAGGAGAACACUGCCAUUUUAAAGAUUCUCGCAGCAGAUAAAGGUGACACUUCCGAGUACAAGAUGGAAGUGUCCAAUAAAGUUGGAAAAGACGAGUGCACGUGCUCGGUUACAGUUAUAGAUCGUGCAGUUCCCCCAUCCUUCACCAAAACUCUAAAGAAAGUGAAUGGGAGCAUUGGCAGUAAUAUCACGUUGGAUUGCAGGCUUGCUGGAUCUCAGCCGAUGGCUCUGUCUUGGUACAAAGACAAUAAAGAAAUCCACAGCGAUGCAAAAUAUAAGCUUGAUUUCAGUGAGAGUACAGCCUCUGUGACAAUAUCUGGCCUGGAUCAAAGCGAUGGUGGAGUUUAUACAUGCAAAGCUUCUAAUGAUGCUGGAGAAAAAGAAACCAGUGGUACUCUCUCCAUCAAAGAACCUCCAGCCUUUACCUCGAAACCUGAAUCUCUUGAUGCAUCCCCGGGAUCAAAUGUUGUCUUAAAGUCUGACUUUACGGGAUCGGCUCCACUUAUCGUUAAAUGGUUCAGAGAGGAGAAAGAGAUUUUCACUGGGGGAAAGUAUUUCAUAAAGAAAGACUCCUCUUCCAGCUCCCUGGAGCUUCAGUCUGUGAAACCCAGCGACUCUGCCAAAUAUACAUGCCAAGUAUCCAACGACGCUGGGAAGGUUGACUGCACUGCAGCGCUCUUCAUAAAAGAAGCCCCAACAUUUAUGAUGAAGCUUGAACCUUCAAAGCUGCUGAAAACAGGACAACCUCUGAAGUUGUCCUGCAAAGUGCAGGGCACUCCUGUUAUUACUGUCACGUGGUUUAAAAAUGGCUCAGAAAUGGUUUCAGACCGCAGACACAACAUGACCUUCGACGGCUCGUUGGCCACUCUGGAGGUUGAGAGUUGCUCUGUAGAGGAUAGUGCAGAUUACGUCUGUGUGGCGUCCAGCGAGGCCGGCAGGGAGCAGUGCAGCAGCUGUGUAACAGUGAAAGAGCCUCCAUUGUUUGUGAGGCCUUUUGAAUCAGCUGAGCUUGUUACGGAGUCUGAGAUUAUCUUGGAAGCAAUCGUUUCAGGUUCCCCUCCAUUUGAAAUAAGCUGCUUCCUCAACGAUAAGCUGAUCAGAAAUGACAAAAGACAUAAAAUCAGUGUGGAAAAUGACACAAUCACUCUUCAGAUCUCACACUGUCAGACCGGAGAUGAAGGAACAUACAAGUGCACUGUUUCAAACGAUGUUGGGGAGACAUCUUGCUCUUGCCAGAUUUCUCUGAAAGAACCACCAUCAUUUGUUCAAAGACUAAAGGAUAUGUCCUGUAUUGUGGGCUCUGAAAUCUCCAUGAAGUGUAUGUUGUCUGGGUCACUUCCCAUGACUUUGUCCUGGAUCAAGGAUGAUCGUGAACUUACGGAAGACGAGCAUUUUCAGAUGUCCUGUGAAACCACAAGUGCCAUGUUGAAUUUGAAAAAUGCUCAGUUGUCACAUGGCGGGAAAUAUGUCUGUCAGGCGCAGAACAAAGCCGGGACUCAGAAAUGUGCCGCAGUGCUCAUAGUGACAGAGCCAGCAAGUAUUUCAGAGCACCCAAAGUCCAUCAGUGUAACCCAUGGCAACCCAGCCAGAUUUGAAUGCAGGUUUUCAGGCACUAAACCACUGAAGGUCAGAUGGCUUAAGGCGGGAAAGGAGCUGCCGUCAGGACAGAGAUACAGAAUACAGAGCACAGACACGAGCUCUGUGCUCAAGAUAAUAAAAACAGAGAAGAGCGACAGCGGUGACUACACUGUCGAAGUUUCAAAUGUUGCUGGGCACAGUUCAUGUGACGCAUCAGUUACAGUCUUAGAACCACCUCAGUUUGUCCUGAAACUGCCUCCCACUACGACUGUGAAACAGUACGAGGGACACUGCUUUGAAUGCAAGGUCACCAGUGUACAGUCCCUGAGAAUAUGCUGGUACAAAAAUGACCAACAGAUAACUGAUGGAGCGAACUAUAAAACAAUGUGUGUUGACUCAACUGCAUACCUCCAGAUCUCCAAUGCAACAUUUGACGAUAACGGAGUUUACACUUGUGAGGCUCAUAAUGAUGCUGGCAGUGCAAGCUGCAGCAGCAUUCUCACAGUUCAAGAGUCCCCCUCCUUUGUUAAAACUCCAAGCCCUGUGGAGGCCAUAAAAGGCAAAGAUGCUAGUCUGCAUUGUGAGAUGUCUGGCACCCCACCUUUCCAGGUUAACUGGUACAAAGACAACAGGCCACUAAAGGAGGAUAGAAAAUGCAAGAUGGUCAAUGUGGGCAGCUUUGCUACACUUCAUAUUAUAAAGCUGGAGCAAGAUGACGCCGGGCUUUAUGAGUGCAGGGUGUCAAACAAUGUAGGAAGUAAAUCGUGCCACACUGCCCUUACUCUGAAAGAACCACCAGUGUUUGUGGAGAAACUGGUCGAUCGGUCAGUGAGACUCGGUCAGCAGCUGACGCUGACAGCUACCGUGCACGGCUCGGAGCCACUGACUGUGUCUUGGGUUCAGGACAAGGAUCAUAUUCUCAGAGAAAAUGACAACAGGAGGAUCACCUUUGAAAACAAUGUGGUUGCUCUUGUAGUGCCCCAGGCUGACCCAACCACAGCUGGUAAAUACACCUGCCAGCUGAGGAACGACUGUGGAGCGGUAGAGUCGGUCUCCCAAGUGACGGUUCUAGAACCUGCUGCUAUCGUGGAAAGCCCGGAGCUGUUGAAUGUGAAGUCAGGAGAAACUGUGUCACUUGAGGUAACAGUAUCUGGCUCACCAGAACUGAAAACUACAUGGUUCAAGGGCAACAAAGAGCUCUCUGCUAAUGCAAAGUAUCAUCUGAGCUUCAAAAAGCAGCUUGCCACCCUGAAGAUUCUGUCUGCUGACAAAGCAGAUGCCGGAGAAUACACACUGCAGGUUGCAAACCACAUUGGAACAUCCUCUUGCAAAAUUAAGCUCACAGUCUCAGAUAAGUUGAUUCCACCGAGUUUCAUAAAGAAGCUGAGAGAUACCCACCUUGUUGUGGGUAAGCCUGGUGAGCUGGAGUGUAAGAUUACCGGUUCUGCUCCUUUAACAACUUCCUGGUUCCAUAAUGGCCAAGAGAUAAACAGUGGGCCGAACUAUGACAUUAGCAGCGUGGAUAAUGUGCGCACACUGAGCAUUCCAGUGAUUAAGACAUCAGACUCUGGCAAAUACACAUGUAAAGCUGUGAACGCUGCAGGAGCCAGUGAGACAAGUGCUUCAAUGAAUGUGACAGAACCUCCAUCUUUUUCUGAAACGCCUGAGGCUCGAGAAACAUUGCCUGGCCAAAGUGUGUCUUUCUUGGCUAAAGUGAAAGGCAGCAUUCCCAUAAAGGUCAAAUGGUUCAGGGGAGCCAAGGAAAUGCAGCACGGGAGAGGCUGCGAGAUCUCCCUGAAGGAUGACGUCGCCACACUGGUGCUUCAUAAAGUUGAAAAGUCUCAUGCAGGAGAGUACACCUGCCAGAUCAUUAAUGAUGCAGGAAAGGACAGCUGCUCAGUUUUUCUGUUUGUGAAAGAGCCAGUCCACUUUGUGAAGAGGCUGAGGGACAUUUCCAUUGAAAAGAACAAGCCUCUGAGGCUCGAGGUCGCAUAUGCUGGAACCCCAACUGUAAAUGUAACCUGGAAAAAGGAUGGUAAACUCAUCCAAGCCUCUUAUCUGCACAACAUGAUCACCACAGACACCUCUUGCAUCCUGGAGGUUCUGAACUCUGAAAGGAUGGAGGCAGCUGGUAGAUACUAUUGUGAGGUAGACAAUGGAGCUGGAAGUGACAAAUGUGAAGCACAAGUUACAAUCCUAGAAGCACCAUGCUUUGUUGACAAGCUGGAGCCAGUGGAGGUAACGAUGGGUGAUGCGGUGACCUUAGAGUGCAGGAUUGCAGGAACUCCUGUGAUCUCUGUCACCUGGUUUAAAGAUGAUGGAAAGCUGCGCAAGUCCAACAGUUGCUCAAUGGACUUUGCAGAUGGCAUUGCCACUUUGAAACUGUUCAAAUCUACCAAGUCUGAUCACGGUGAAUAUAUCUGCAAGGCCGAGAACCGGGUUGGUUCAGCCUCCACCAGCUGUAGCGUGGCUGUGAAAGAGCGCAAAGUUCCUCCAAACUUCACCAGGAAGCCUUCUGAGUCCAUGGUGGAUUCAGUGGGUAAGACCGUAAAGAUCGAGGGCCGAGUGUCCGGCUCGCAACCUCUGACCGUCUCCUGGUACAAGGACAACAGUGAGAUCCGCGCCUCGGACAAAUAUGAUAUCAGCUUCAAAAACAACAUGGCCGUGCUGUGUGUCAGAGACUCCACGGGCUCUGACGGUGGUGUUUACACCUGUGAGGCCUCCAAUGAAGCUGGCAAAGAUUCCUGUAAGGUUUCUCUCACAGUAACAGAAACUGGCCAGGCUCCCAAAUUUGAUGUUCCUCUGGAACCAGUGACUGUGGGUGAAGGGGAGAAGCUGAGCCUCCAAUGCCACGUCACCGGCUCUACUCCAAUAACCAUCCAGUGGAUGAAGGACAGGAGAGAGCUCGUGUCCAGCGGAAACACCAAAAUCUCAUUUGUUGGUGGAACGGCCAAUCUGGAGAUCAGCCAGGUGUCAAAGACGGAUGCUGGAGAUUACCUGUGCAAGGCCAGCAAUGCAAAUGGCACUGACUUCUGCAAGUCUAAAGUCACCGUAAAAGAUAAAGGUGCCAAGGCCCCACCCGCUGAGGCUGCUGCCCCGGCUGCAGCCGCCCCGGUCAAAAGGCUCGACAAUCUGUUCUUCAUCGAGGAACCCCAAAAUGUUUCUGUCACAGAGAAGGGUACUGCAACCUUUAUCGCCAAGAUUGGAGGUGACCCAAUCCCCAGUGUGAAGUGGAUGAAGGGCAAAUGGAGACAGAUCACCCCCGGUGGUCGAAUCUCCAUUGAGCACAAGGGCCAGGAUGCCAAACUGCAGAUCAGAGAAGUGACCAAGUCUGAUUCUGGUCAUUACAGAUGUGUUGCCACCAACAAUCAUGGAGAAAUUGAGAGUGGCGCUGAUAUGGAGGUGACCAAAAAGGAGGAAAUGGGAGAAAUGGGAGACUUAAGAACGAGGCUCAAGAAGACUCCUUCCAAGCAGAAGAGUCCCAAGAAAGAAGAAGACGUCAACAUUGUAGAUCUGCUUAGAGGUCACGACCCCAAAGACUAUGAGAGGAUCCUGCGGGAACAUGGAAUCCAUGACUACCGUGCCAUCCUGCAGGCCGUGGAGUUCCUGAAGAAGGAGAAGGAGAUGGAGACUGGAAGAGCGGAGGUCGAGCAUGGGGCACGAGUCGAAGAAGAGGACAUGGCCCGACUCAUCGAGCAGCUAGAGGGACGCGUCAGCAUGGAGCCUGUCUCUGUGAUGGAGGACAUCACUGACCAAACCAUCACGGAGAACCAGAGCGCCAUCUUUGAGUGCCAGAUUAAGAUCAACUACCCGGAGAUCACGCUCACCUGGUACAAAGGCACCCAGAAACUGGACAACAGCGAACAGUACGACAUCAGCAGCGUGGGGGACCGCCAUUAUCUGAAAAUCAAGAACUGCCAGGUCAAAGAUCAGGGCAACUACCGCGUGGUGUGCGGUCCUCACAUCUCCAACGCCAAACUGACGGUCACAGGAGCCGCUCGUAAGACAGUCGAUCAAAUUCAGUUCACUAAAAGCAUCCGAAGCAUCGAGGUCGACGAACGCCACUCUGCCUCCUUCGAGUGCGAGUUGUCCUUCGACAACGCUACCGUCACGUGGUACAAAGACUCGUGGGAGCUUAAAGAAAGCCCAAAAUAUAACUUCAGGACUGAAAGCCGACGGCACUUUAUGACAAUCCACAACGUAACUGCAGAGGACGAAGGCGUGUACUCGGUGAUUGCUCGUCUGGAGCCACUGGGAGAAGCUCGAAGCACAGCCGAGCUUUACCUGUCAGGCAAAGAAAUUGAGUUAGGGAGGGUUCCUCAGGAUGUCCCCGACACAGCCGUUCGUGUGUCAGAGGCAGUGUCUAUGCUCGUGUGCAGAGAUUCCUCCGAGUUUGAUCUUUUUGAAGAGAGAACAGAAGUGAGAGUGUUUCAAAGUCUGACACAUGAAGAAGAGACGCUUUCGGUUCAGUACUCGUCCGUCUCAGAAGAGAAAAAACCUGUAGAAGAAACUGUUGAGUGGACUGAGGUCGAGGGCAGAGGAGAAAUCCCUGAAGUUCCUGAGAUUUACAGGAUGCCAGAGGAGAAACCCUCUGAGCCUGAAGCUCCGCCUCCACCUCUGGUCAAAGUACCUGAAGCAAAGAAGCUACAGCCUGAAGCCCCUGCUCCACCUCAGAGAGAGAAACGUCCAGCUCCAGAAGAACCAGUAGUCUUCACCCAACCUGAACCUUACCGACCCAAACCAGCAACACCAAAACUGGUUCAUUCAGAACCUGAAGUGGAACCCAUGAAAUUAGUGGUGCCUAAGCCUGAAGUGGAACCCGUGAAACCAGUGGUGCCUAAGCCUGAAGUGGCUCAAAUUAAGCCUGAGCUCCAAGAACCAAAAGCUGUCCCCACUAAGAAAACGCCAGAGGCCUCAAAACCAAAAGUACCAGAACCACCAAAGUCAGAAGAACCUGUACUUCAACUAAGUGCAGUCCUUGCUUCUCCAUCAUUGGAACAUCUUCCAACUGAAGUGCAAGAAACACCAAGACCAGAAGAACCUGUACCUCAACCAUCUGCACCCAAAGUUACUCCACAAAAAGUUGAAGAUAUCCCAGUUAAAGUUGCUUUAGAAUCAAAGAUACACGAACCUCCAAGAAAACCAUAUCUGCUGGCUGAUAAACAUCAGCAGGAAGUAACUGAACCAAGGGACCUGGAAGCUCCAGAAAAAAUCAAGGCUCCUGAGGUUCCUGAAGCACCAAAGAAGGUUCCUGAAGCACUAAAGGUUCCUGAAGCGGCAAAGAAGGCUACAGAGGAACCAAGGAAGCUUCCUGAAGAGCCAAAGAAGGUUCCUGAAGAAUCAAAAAAGGUUCCUGAAGCAGCAAAGAAGGCUAUAGAGGAACCAAAGAAGCUUCCUGAAGAGCCAAAGAAGGUUCCUGAAGAACCAAAAAAGGUUCCUGAAGCAGCAAAGAAGGCUACAGAGGAACCAAAGAAGGUUCCUGAAGAACCAAAGAAGGUUCCUGAAGCACCAAAGAAGGUUCCUGAAGCAACAAAGAAGGCUACCAAGGAACCAAAGAAACUUCCUGAAGAACCAAAGAAGGUUCAUGAAGAACCAAAAAAGGUUCCUGAAGCAGCAAAGAAGGCUACAAAGGAACCAAAGAAGCUUCCUGAAGAACCAAAGAAGGUUCCUGAAGCACCUAAAAAGCCUCCCAAGGAACCAAAGAAGCUUCCUGAAGAACCAGUUCCAGAAACACUGAAGAAAGUUCCAGAAGUAGCAAAAACAGCUGUGGUAGAACCACAGAAAGAUCCAACAGCACAGGUUAUAGAACGAUCAGCAGAGCCGGUGAAAGAUCUAGAAGUGUCAGCAGAACCACAACAUUUGGAAACACCAAUACAACAACCGCAGGCCAAAAAGUCUGAAGUCAUCCAAACAGUCAAACAAAGGGGGAUACCAACAGCUCUAGCUAAACCAAAGCUGGAGGCGAGUACACCAGUCAAAGAUGAGAUCGUUGCUUCUGGAAAAGUAGAAGACGAGCCAAAGGCCAUAGAAAUCCCUCAGCAGAGAGUUCCUCUGAAGACUCAUCUGAAGCCAACAGCUGAGGUUGAAGGCAGAAAGGAGUGUCCUGCAGAAAAAGGUGUUGAAGAAAGGAUUUCCCUCACAGAAGCUGGCUACAGGAAACAGGAAGUCGACACAUGUGAAGAAGGAGUCAACGAGUCAACUGCAAGAGAAGAAACCAUUUUGAAAACUGAGAUAAUGGAACAAAUUGAAAAGACAAAGGCGGUGGUUUCUGUAUCAUACAGAGAAGAUCGUCAGGUAGAGAUUAUAGAGCAAUCAAAAACAGAUUAUGAGGCUGAACAACUGGAGUGGACUGGACCUUACAAACCUGAGAAAAUAGAGAAAGAAAUGUCUCUGUGGUCUGCUUCUCCAACUCUAAAGGGGUCUGCCCAUUCUCCUGCAGAACAAGAUGUCGCACCUCCACCUGAAAUAUCUCAUCUUUUGCAGAAAAAGGUUUCUUCUCCUGAUGUUGGUGUUACAUCAGAAAAAGAGGCUUACAAGAAGAAAGAGCAGGCCAAAGAGGCUGACCUUCCUACUGCAUAUUUACAGACAAGAGUUACUAAAUCAUUAUAUCAUGAAGAAAUUCAAGACUCUGCAAUAGAGGAACUUAAGUCUAAAAAGGUCACCACAUCAAAGAAGCCCAGAGCUCUUACAGAAGUAAUUUGUUUGAAGCAAGAUGGGUCUGUUGAAGGUAAAGCAGAUGUCCCCCAAACCACUCUUUCUCACCCUGCAGCAGUUUCUCCUACAAUGGUAUCGUCAAGUCAAGACAUGGUGAAAACUCCUAAAACUUCCAUAAAUGUAUGUGAUGAAGAUAUUCUACCUCUGGACAAGCCAAGUCUUCUAUCGGAAGAUGCAUCGAUUAAACAAAGUAGGGAUGGAUCACGUUUUGUUACAGAUCAGAUUCCUUCACCCGAGGAGAGACGCUGUUCGGAGGAAGACAUUUCUCCAGCAAAGAAGUCUGUUCUGCCAACCAAACACAGCUCCCCUACUCUCUCUGAGGCAGUUUUUGGCCUAAUAGAAGAUCUGUCCCUUGAAGAAGACACUCCUGUCAAGAAACCUAUUCCUUCUGUGCCUGCUCCAGUAAAAACAUCUCAAGUUCAGCAAAUCUCUCCAUCUUUGAGAGUUUCUGAGGAAGCAAACAACUCUGCAACUAAAGCUACACCAACAAGAGCAGAUGACAAGAAAGCAAAGAAGCCAACACAGAAGACUGACCAACAGGCUCUUGAUACAGUGCCUCCUCCUGAGGAGAAGAAAACAUCUCUACCAGCACCAAAGCCUUCACCUACUCCUCCUCGUGAGCAGAAGGAGGCUCCCCCUGCAGUAUCUCCCCGAGAGGAGAAGAAACCAUCUGCACCAGCACCAAAGCCUUCACCUCCUGCUCCCCCUGCUCCUGUACAGAAAGUUGCUCCUCCUGCAGAGGAAAAGAAACCAUCUGCUCCAGCUCCAAAGCCUUCGGCUCCUGCUGCUCCUGCAGCCAAAGUUGCUCCUCCUGCAGUGUCUCCUCCUGAGGAAAAGAAGGUACCUCCACCAACAACCAAGCCAACAGCAGAGAGAGUUCCCCCCGCAGCUGAAGUUGCAUCAUUGGAGAAGGAAGCUCCUGCACCAGCCAGGAAAAUCUCGCCGCCUGAAGACAAGGAACCAGUGUCAGCACCUGGACCAACAAAAGUGCCGUCUCUUAAGCAAAAGGGUAAGAUUCCUGUUCAGGAGGCAAAAACACCCGAAUCACCUAAGCUGAAGAGUAAGUUCACCAGAAUACCGAAAGAGAAAGAACCAGAACCAGAGGUCAUUAAGCUGAAGAAGGUUCCAGUGAAACCUCCAGAGCCAGAGAAACAAGUCGUAACUCAUAAGGCAGAAGUGACGAGGCAUCACGAUCCAGAGCUAGCAGUUCAUGGGCUUCAUGACAGAGACGAUCGAGAGAUAAUCACACUUGGUAGAACUGAACGAGUAUUCACUGCAGAUGAGGAAACUAUUGAGUUAAGCCAUUUUGAGGAAAUGGAAAGCCUUACAGUUGUGCAAAAACCAGAACCUGGCAAAUGGACAAGAACCUUAAAACCUCAGAAAGACGAGGCACCGGAGGAGCCGCACGUCGCAAAGAAGAAAAUAACUAAAUUGCCAAAAGCAGAUGAGCAAAACGAAUCAGUGAAACUAAAACCAUUUGAAACAUUUGGGAAACAAGAUGCUGAAUUACAAGCAAUCAAACUAAAAAAGGUGCCACCUAAACCAAAGGAGCCUGAAAAGGAAGUCAUAACUCAUAAAGUUGAAGUGACAAGGCAUUAUGAUGCAGAAUUAACAGUCCAGAAACUUCGUGACAGAGAGGAUCGAGAGUUAGUAACAGUUGAGAGAAAGGAACGAGUUUUCACAGCAGCUGAAGAGACAUCUGAACUCAGCUUUGCAGAGGAACCUGAAAAACUGGAGGCAGAAGAUGAGAAAUCAAGAUGGGUAAGAGCCCCAAAAGCACCAAAAGAAGAUGAACCUGAGUCAGAUUUAAAUAAAAAGAAAAUAAAAAAAUUACCAAAGAAGGACGAGGACCAGGAAGUAGUUACACUGAAGCCAUUUCAGAAACCUCAAAAACAAGAAGCAGCUGAACCUCCAAAGGCUGAGACAGAAGCUGAGGCAAAAACAGAUACUGAGCGGAGUCCUUACAUGAGAGGUGAGCUGCCACAAAGAGAUCAACCUGCCGCUGCUAUAAAACACCAGAAAGAUGAUGAUGAUGCUCCACUGAUGAAUGACAACGCAUCUCCACAUAUCAACAAAGACCAAAAGGAAAUCCCACAUAAGAAAAAGGUUGAUCAAGUACCCAAAGAUGUAGAAACUACAGCGGCCGAAAAGCUCCGCAGAAAACCUAAAAUUAUUUCUACACCUGAUAAAGAGAAAGAGCAGGUUGUGUUGAAACCAUUCACUAAAAUCACCAAGCCUGAAGAAAAGCCAGAAAAAGCAUCAGAAGAGAAGAAGAAGCCUUUGGACACAAAGGUACCCAGUCAAGCAACUAAAGAGCCGAAGGAUCAACUUAAGAAAGCUGAAAAGACUGUAACGCCUAAAAAAGACAACAAAACACCUCAGGAGAAGGAGAAACCAGCUGAGAAGCCCAGUCCUCCAGGUCAGAAAGAAGAAGAGAGACCGAGUCCUCAAAAACAAACCGAUAUCCUGAAGAAAAGUCCAGAAAUCAAAAAGACUCCUUCACCCAAAGCCAAGAUAAGUAAAGAUACGCCUGAAGAGGAAAAGCCCCUCAAACCUAUUGAGCAGCUGAAGAAGGUUGAACUAAAAAAGACCCCAUCACCCAAGAUAGAGAAAAUAAAGCCAAAUGAAGUGGAGCAAAUUCCCAUCGAGAAGAAGCCAAGUGGUGAAAAAGUCAAAAGGAUUCCCAAGACUGUUUCGCCAAAAGACUCCACUGAAUCUGUGACCCUCAAAAAGGUGCCCAAGAAGCCCUCACCAGAGGGGCCCUCAGAACCCGAAAGGCCUGUUAAAGGGCGGAUCCCUCUGGUGAAGGAGAUCUCUCCUGGAGCUGUGGAGAUGAAGCGGGUGACAACCCAGCCAGAGGAGGAGGUAUGUGAAGAGGAGGGUGAAAAAAUGGUAGCCGACGAAGAUGAGGAGGUCUGGGACUGGGAGCUGGUUCCACCGGAAGACUGGGAAGGUGAAGGGGUGGAUGGGGCGCUGGAGACUCCAGGCAUGCCCGGCGCCAAGAGAGAUGGAAAACCAACAGAAGAGCCGGCGAAAGGCCGAGGUCGAGGAUUUGGGGCGAGACAAACUCCAUCUCCUGGUGAUGGAGGCAGGGGCCGGGGUCUAAAGCCAGGUGGAAAAGGCCCAUCACCUCCCGAGGAUCCAUUUGGAGGAUUCAAGCUCAAACCUGUCCAGCUGAAGUUCAUUAAGAAGCUUAAGGACAUUGUGCUGCAGGAAGCUGAGUCCAUCGGCUCCUCCGCGGUGUUUGAGUGCGAGGUCUCACCUUCCACAGCCAUCACUGGAUGGAUGAAAGAUGACAGCAACUUGCGUGAGAGCCCCAAGCACAAGUUUACAUCUGAUGGCAAAGAUCGCAAGUUGCACAUUAUUGAUGUGCAGCUAUCCGACACUGGAGAAUACACGUGUGUGGCUAAGAAUGCGGGCAAGGAAAUAACAUGCACAGCCAAGUUAAUUGUUGAAGAGCUGCCUGUGAAAUGGUUGAAGGAACUGGAACCAGAGACAACAUGCAUUAAGGGUCAGCCAAUGUACCUCACCUGUGAGCUGAACAAAGAACGGGACGUCAUUUGGAAACGUAACGGUCAGCUUCUGAAAACAAAGGCCGGAAAAGUGGCCAUUAAUGUAAUUGGCAUGCAGCAUGCUGUGACCAUCCAGAACUCCACCGAUGAAGAUGGCGGCGCCUACACCUGUGAGGUAGAUGGACAGGAGGACGUCAAGACUACAACUAACGUCAAAAUUAUUGAAAUGAUCAAAGACUGGCUGGUGAAGCCUCUGAGAGACCAGCAUGUGAAACCAAAGGCAAAGGCCUCCUUCAAGUGUGAGCUGUUCAAGGACACGCCCAACUGGAAGUGGUUCAAAGGAGAAAACGAGCUUCCUCCCUCUGACAAGGUCGAGAUCACUAAAGAUGGAAAGGACAUGACGCUCAGCAUCAAUAACUGCCAGCCUGAUGAUGUAUCAGACUACACCAUCCAGGUGGAGGAUCGCAGAUAUACAGCCAAACUGACACUUGGAGAGCGUGAGGCUGAGAUCCUGAAGCCACUCUCCAGUGUGGAGGUGGUUGAGAAGGAAGAGGCCAACUUUGACUCUGAGAUAUCAGAGGACGAUGUGGUUGGUGAAUGGAAGCUGAAAGGCCAGGUGUUGACUAGAUCUCCGACCUGUGACAUUAAAGCUGAAGGCAAAAAACGUUUCCUCACACUGAAAAACGUGCAGCUGGAUCAGGCUGGUGAAGUGACAUACCAGGCUCUGAACGCCGUCACCAGCGCUAUGCUCACCGUCAAAGAAAUCGAAAUGGGCUUUGUUGACCCGCUCAAGGACCUUUCUGUGCCUGAAAAGAAGCAGGCUAAGUUUGAGUGCACCAUCACUAAGGACGUGUCAAAGGUCAUAUGGUUCAGGGGGACAGAGAUUGUCACUCCAAGCCCUAAAUAUGAAAUAAUUGAUGACGGAAAGAAGCACAUGCUGAUCAUAAACAGCUGUGAGUUUGAUGAUGAGGCUCAGUACACGAUCGAAGCGUUGGGUCAGAAAUCAACGGCUCAGCUGAUGGUGGAGGGCAUGAGGCUGAGUUUUGUGCAGCCGCUUCAGGACCAAACGGUCAAAGAAGGUAACACGGCACGCUUUGAUCUCGAGCUGUCUCAUGAGAACGUGCCAGUGGUCUGGUACCGAAACGAAGUCAAAAUCCACGUGAGCCGAACGGUUCUCAUUCACGUGGAAGGAAAGAGACACACUCUAGAAAUGAGGACACUGAAUCUAGAUGAUACCUGCCAAAUUAAGGCAGAGGCUAAAGGCGUUUACUCCAUGGCCAAACUGACGGUCGUAGAGGGUGACCCCAUCUUUGUGGUGAAGCUACAGGAUUACUCAGCCACCGAGAAAGAAGAGGUGACCCUGGACUGUGAACUCAGCAAAGACGUUCCGGUGCUUUGGUACCACGAAGAGAAGGAAAUCAUCGCCUCCAAGAUGGUCAUCAUGAGGUCAGAGGGCACGCGCAGGUCUCUGGUCCUGAAGAAAGUGGAACUGAGCGACAAAGGCAAAUAUGUAUGUGACUGUGGAACAGACAAGACGUCAGCCAACAUCAAUAUUGAAGCACGCGACAUCAAAGUUGUUCGGCCGAUUUAUGGCGUGGAGUUGUUUGAUGGAGAAACGGCUCGUUUCGAAGUGGAGAUCUCUGAGGACGACGUCCACGGACAGUGGAAGCUGAAUGGAGCGGUGCUCAGUCCGUCCUCUGAUGUGGACAUCAUCGAGGAAGGAGGCAAGCACACGCUGAUCCUCUACAACUGCAAAGUGUCCAUGACCGGCGAGGUGGCGUACUCUGCUGCUAACGCCAAGUGCUCCGCUAACCUCAAGGUCAAAGAGCUCCCGCUGAACUUCCUCACACCCAUGACUGAUGUUCAGGUCUAUGAGAAGGAUGAUGUGAGGUUUGAGGUUGAGGUGUCGAGAACUCCAAAGACUUUCCGUUGGCUCAAAGGCUCACAGGAGCUGCAGAGCGAUGAAAAGUACGAGGUGAUCCAGGAGGGAAAUUUGUAUGUUCUGGUGAUCCGAUCGGCCGCCUAUGAUGACGAGGCAAAGUACAUGUUUGAGGCCGAGGACAAGAGGACGACGGGCAAACUGGUUAUACAAGGUAUUCGUCUAGAGUUUGUCAAAGCAAUCAAGGAUGUGACAGUAAAGGAGCGUGAAACAGCUGAAUUCAGCGUGGAGCUGUCACAUGACAAGAUCCCGGUGGUCUGGUACAAGAACGACGUCCGACUUCAUCCCAGCAAAGUUGUUCACAUGUCGGCACAGGCGAAGGUUCACACGCUGGCCUUCAAGGAAGUCGUCAUCGACGACACGUCCAUGAUCAAAGUAGAGGCCAUGGACAAGAGCAUGACCGCCAUGCUCACUGUCAUCGAGGGUGACGCCUACUUCACCACUAAGCUGCAGAACUACACGGCAGUGGAGAGGGACGAGGUGAAGCUGGUCUGCGAGCUGAGCAAGGCUGUAGCUGAUGUGAAAUGGUUUAAGGAUGGGAAGGAGAUCACCCCCUCCAAGAACAUCGCCAUUGUCACCGAUGGCAAGAAGCGCAUCCUGAUGGUGAGGAAGGCAGAGAAGGCCAACAUCGGAGAGUACACCUGCGACUGCGGCUCAGACAAAACCACAGCUAAGCUCAACAUUGAAGAGCGGGACAUCAAAGUUGUCCGUCCGCUGUACAGUGUGGAGGUCACAGAGACAGAAACAGCCAAGUUUGAGACGGAGAUUUCUGAGGAGGAUGUCCAUGGAAACUGGAAGCUGAAGGGAGAAGCUCUUCAUCAGUCAGCUGAUGUUGAGAUUAAGGAGGAAGGAACCAGACACCUGCUGAUCCUCUACAACGUCUGCAUGGACAUGGCAGGACCUGUUGACUUCUCUGCAGCCAACGCCAGAUCCAGCGCCCAGCUCAGAGUCAAAGCUCGGUCCAUCACGCUGGUCCAUUCUCUGAAGGACGUGACGGUGACGGCUGGAGAGACGGCCAUCUUUGAGUGCGAGCUGUCGUACGAGGGCAUCGCGGUGGAGUGGUUCCUGGGAGGGCAGAGGAUGGAGGCCAGCGACCGGGUGAAGACUCGGGUGGCGGGCCGAGUUCACACUUUGACCGUCCGAGACGUGAACCUGUCGGAGGCCGGCGAGGUCAAACUUACUGCCAAGGACUUCCAGACUCAGGCUCAACUUAUCGUCAGAGAGCCACCGAUUGAGUUCACAAAGCCUCUGGAGGAUCAGACGGUGGAGGAGGAAGCCACGGCCACUCUGGAGUGUGAGGUUUCCCGUGAGACUGCUGAGGUACGAUGGUUCAAGGAGGGACAGGAGCUCAGGAAGACCAAGAAGUACGACACCAUCGUGGACGGACGCAAGAGAGCUCUGAUCAUUCACGACUGCUCUCCUGAAGAUGCCAAGUUGUACACGUGUGAUGCCAAAGACUUCAAGACUUCUUGUUUCCUGGAAGUUACACCUCCGUAUGUUGAGUUUACAAAGCCUCUGCAGGAUGUUGAGGUCAGAGAGAAGGAGUCUGCCAGGUUUGAAUGUGAGGUUUCUCGUGAGUCUGCCAAGGUUCGCUGGUUCAAGGACGGUGGCGAGAUCAGGAAAGGAAAGAAGUACGAGAUCAUCGCCAAGGGAGUCCAGAGAAUCCUUAUCAUCCACAAGUCUGCGUUUGAUGACGAAGCCGAGUACGAAUGUGACGCGAGAACCUCCAAGACCUCUGGCAUACUCACCGUCAUCGAGGAGGCAGCCAGGUUUACAAAGAACCUGUCCAACGUGGAGGGAACAGAGACGAACACCGUGAAGAUGAUCUGUGAAGUGUCGAAGGCCGGCGCUGAGGUUACCUGGUAUCGAGGGGACGAGGAGCUCCCAGAGGGAGGUCGCUACGAACAACAGACGGACGGACGCAAAAGGAUCCUGAUCAUCCGGGACCUGAGGAUGGAGGACGCUGGUGAUUACAACUGCAGGUUGAGUCCCACCAUCAGGACAUCCGCCACGCUCAAACUCAACGAGCUGGCAGCUGAGUUCAUCGCCCGGCCUCAGAACCAGGAAGUGGUGGAGGGCGAGAAGGCAGAGUUCUCCUGCUCUGUCUCCAAAGACACCUACGAAGUAAAAUGGUUCAGAGGAGACAAAGAGAUAGAAACUGGAGACAAGUACGGCAUCAUCAGUGAAGGAAAACGAAGAGCUCUUAUUGUGAAAAGCUGUGAGCUGAAGGAUGAGGGAGGCUACACUGCACACAUUGGCACUGUUAAAGCCAUGGCAGAUCUGCUGGUGAUCGAAAAACUGAGGAUCAUAACUCCGAUCAAAGACACCGAGGUGAAGGAGGGAGGCGAGAUCGUGUUUAACUGCGAGACCAACACGGAAGGAGCGAAGGCCAAGUGGCUGAAGAAUGAGGAGACCAUUUUUGAGAGCAGCAAGUACAUGAUGGCUCAAAGGGACAACGUCUUCUCUCUGAGGAUCAGAGACGCCCAGAAGGCUGAUGAGGCCGUCUAUACUGUCAGCCUGACCAAUCACAGAGGAGAGCUCGCCAAGUGCACUGCCAGCGCUAAAGUGGCAGAGGAGAAACUGAGGUUCUUGGAGCCCAUCGAGGACAAUGAGACUCAGGAGAAGAAGACCAUCAGCUUCGUCUGUAAGGUGAACAGGCCCGGGGCGACGGUGAGGUGGCUGAAGGCUGGUCAGGAGGUGACACUCAGCAAACGCAUCGUCUACAGAGUCGAUGGCCUGAAGCACAGCCUGACCAUUAAGGACUGCAUCAUGGAAGACGAGGGCGAGUACACGGCCGUGGUCGGAGAUGACAAAUGUGCAGCUGAGCUGAUCAUUAGCGAGGCACCCACAGACUUCACGGCACAGCUCAAAGACCAGACCAUUACAGAGUUCGAGGAUGCAGAGUUCACUUGCAAGCUGAGCAAAGAGAAAGCUGCCGUCAAGUGGUACAGGGAAGGACGAGAGAUUCGAGCGGGCCCCAGAUAUCAAAUGGAAAAAGAAGGAAAGACGUGCAGACUGAUCAUUAAGGUGUGCAGGCCUGAUGACGAGUGUGAAUACGCCUGUGGUGUGGAUGAGAGGAGGACGAGAGCGAGGCUCUUUGUUGAAGAGACCCCAGUGGAAAUCAUCAGACCACCUCAGGACGUGUUCGAACCUCCAGGUUCAGACAUCGUGUUUGAGGUGGAGCUCAACAAAGACAGGGUGGAGGUGAAGUGGAUGAGGAACAACAUGAUCAUCGUCCAGGGAGACAAAUACCAGAUGAUCAGCGAGGGUAAAGUCCACAGACUGCAGGUCUGUGAAAUUAGACCCAGAGAUCAGGGAGAGUACAGGAUCGUGGCCAAAGACAAGGAUGCCCGGGCCAAGCUGGAGCUGGCAGCUGUUCCAAAGAUUAAAACCACCGACCAGAACCUGGUGACAGAUGCCGGUAAACCCUUUGUCAUGACUGUGCCUUAUGACGCGUACCCUCGUGCUGAUGCCGAGUGGUUUUUUGAAGGCACCAGUCUUCCUGUCCAGAAUAUUGACACCUCUUUGGACAAGACCGAGUACCGCCUGAAGAGCCCUGCCAAGGAGGACCAGGGCCGGUACAAGGUGGUAAUUAAGAACAAGCAUGGUGAGGGUGAAGCCUUUAUCAACCUGGAUGUGAUUGAUGUACCGGGACCCAUCAAGAACCUGAGAGUGGUUGACACUGUUGAUGGCGAGGUCAGUUUGGCCUGGGAGGAACCUGAGAAUGACGGUGGCAGCAAGAUUAUCGCCUAUGUUGUAGAAAGACGGGAUGUGAAGCGCAAGACCUGGACUGUGGCUACAGACCGUGCUGACACUCCAGAGUACUGCGUCAGUGGCCUGCAGAAGGAAUCCUUUUACCUCUUCAGAGUCUGUGCUCGAAACAGGGUUGGCAGCGGACCCACUGUUGCAACCGAAGAUGCCGUCCAGGCCAAAAACAAGUUUGAUGUUCCAGAUGCUCCUGAAAAUGUUGCAGUACAGUCAGUGAACAAGUUUGGUGCCACCAUCACUUGGGAGCCCCCCAAGUUUGACGGUGGCUCUGAGAUCACUGCUUAUGUGAUUGAGCUCCGUGACAGAACAUCUGUUAAGUGGGAGGCAGCCUUAGUCUGUGCUGCCGACGACCGCUUGGCUAUGCUGAACGACGUGGUGGAGUACAAGGAGUACAUCUUUAGAGUCCGAGCAGAGAACAAGGCUGGCAUCGGCAGGCCCAGUGCUGCCACCAACCCCGUCAAGAUCAUGGAUCCCAUCGAGAGGCCGAGCCCACCUCUGAACCUGAACUUUAGUGACCAAAUCAAGACGGCAGUCACGUUGACCUGGGAGACGCCCAUAAACAACGGUGGCAGCAUGAUUACAGGAUACAUCAUUGAGAAAUGUGAGGACGGCUCUGACAAGUGGCUCCGCUGCAACGCCAGACUGUGUCCUGACCUCUCCUACCGGGUGUCUGGACUAAAACCUGGUCAGAAGUACCUCUACAGAGUUUGCGCUGAGAAUGCCGCUGGUGUCUCCGAUCCAGCCGAGCAGCUGGGACCACUGCUUGCCGAUGAUCCUCAUGUUGGUCCAACCUUUGAUCUGAGUGGCUUCAGGAAAGGCCUGGAGGUGAUUGUUCCUCAGCCUCUAACAAUUAGAGUUCCCAUUACUGGAUACCCAACCCCUGUGGCCAAGUGGAGCUUUGGCGAGAAGGAGCUGACCCCAGCAGAUGAGCGUGUCUCCAUGGUGACAAAGCCUACGUACACGGAACUGACGAUAUCUCCUAGUGUUCGUCCAGACAAAGGCAUCUACACCCUGCAGCUGGAGAACGACGUAUCCUCUGUCUCUGGAGAUAUUGAUGUCAACGUCAUCGCAUGCCCCAGUGCCCCGAAGGACUUCAAAGUGGCUGAAGUGACCCGUCACCAUGUCCACUUGAUGUGGGAGGCACCUGAACACGAUGGAGGAAGUCCAGUGACACACUAUCAGAUUGAGAAGAGAGAAGUUUCUCGCAAGACAUGGGCCAAGGUGGCUGCUGGCGUCCUUGACCUGGAGCACACGGUAACAGACGUGAUUGAAGGAAAGGAGUAUCUGUUCAGCGUCUCUGCAUGCAACAAGUGUGGACCUGGAGAGCCAGCCUACAUUGAUGAGCCCAUCAGUGUCUCUUCUCCUGCAACUGUACCUGAUCCACCUGAGAACCUUAAGUGGCGCGAUAAGAGUGCCAAGUCCAUUUUCCUGUCCUGGGAGCCUCCAAAAUACGAUGGUGGUGCCCAUAUUAAAGGCUACGUGGUGGACAAGUGCCAGCGUGGUACAGACAAGUGGGAACCCUGCGGUGAUCCCAUCCCUGAACUCAAGUUCCAGGUUACAGGCCUGGUCGAGGGCCAGUGGUACGCCUACAGAGUCAGAGCUUUUAACAAGCUGGGAGCCAGCCGACCUUGCAGGGCUACCGAUGAGAUCCAAGCUGUGGACGCUAAGGAACCUCCUGAGAUCCAGCUCGAUGUGAAGUUGCUGGCUGGUUUAACCACCAGAGCUGGCAGCAAGAUUGAGCUUCCUGCAGAUGUGAAAGGGAAGCCCGAUCCCCGGGUGAAGUGGACCAAAGCAGACGUGGUCCUGCGGGCUGAUGACCGCAUUGCCAUCGACACCCAGCCAGGACACUCGAAGGUUUCCAUUGACAAAACCACCAGAGGAGACACCGCCACCUACAUCAUUGAGGCAGUCAAUGCCUGUGGACGAGCCACUGCCACUAUUGAUGUCAACAUCCUGGAUAAACCGGGCCCUCCAGCUGCUUUAGAUAUCUCUGAAAUCACCAACGAAUCCUGUGUCCUGGCCUGGAACCCUCCCAGAGAUGAUGGUGGGUCUCCCAUCACCAACUACAUUGUGGAAAGUCGUCAGACUGACAAGGAGGAUUGGGUCAAGUUGUCAGCCACGGUGAAGCACACCACCUUCAAGGCCACCAAGCUCACAGCAUUGAAAGAGUACAUUUUCAGGGUCAGUGCUGAGAACCAGUAUGGCAUUGGUGAACCUGCAGAGCAUGUGCCAAUCACUGCCAAGUAUUCCUUCGAUCCUCCGGGUCCUCCAACCAGAAUCACUCCCUCUGACAUCGCCAAGGACGCUGUCACUCUGACCUGGUUAGAGCCUGACGAGGAUGGCGGUAGCCCCAUCACUGGAUACUGGAUUGAGAAGUUAGAUCCGGAGAGUGACAAGUGGAUCAGAUGUAACAAACUGCCCAUCACGGACGCAACAUUCAGGGUAAAGGGUCUCACCGCCAAGAAGAAGUACCGCUUCCGUGUUCUGGCUGAAAAUCUAGCUGGACCUGGAAACCCAAGUGUAGAGACUGAUCCCAUCCUCAUCAAAGAUCCUAUUGAUCCUCCAUGGGCUCCUGGUAAACCUGUCAUCAGGGACAUUGCCAAGACCUCAGCCCUGUUAGGAUGGACUCGUCCAGAGCACGAUGGUGGGGCUAAGAUUGAAGGCUACAUCAUUGAGUUCCAGAAGGCUGGAAGCGAGGAAUGGAUCAAGAUUGCAGAGGAUGUUCCUCAGACAGAGCAUCAGCUGAAGGGCCUAAUAGAAAAGCAAGAAUACUCUUUCAGAGUCAGGGCCGUCAAUAAGGCUGGUGAGAGCGAACCCAGUGAACCCAGCGACCCCGUGGUCUGCAAGGAGAGACUCUAUCCUCCAUCAGCUCCUCAGUGGCUGGAGGUGGCGAACAUCACCAAAAUUAACGCAGACCUAAAGUGGCAGCCUCCCAACAGUGAUGGCGGCUCACCCAUCACCAACUACGUGGUUGAAAAGAGGGACGUGAGGCGGAAGGCGUGGCAGACUGUCGAUACCACCGUCAAGGAACAGAAGUAUACGGUUACCCCUCUCAAUGAAGGAUCGCUGUAUGUGUUCCAGGUUGCUGCAGAGAAUGCCGUUGGGAUGGGUGAAUUUUGCGAGCUGGAGGAUGCCGUUCUUGCCAAGGACACUUUUACAACUCCUGGACCUCCUUAUGCACUGACAGUGGUGGAAGUCACCAAGAGACAUGUGGAGCUGAAGUGGGAACCUCCCAAUAGCGAUGGUGGAAGACCAAUAACAAAGUAUGUGAUUGAGAAGAAAGAAAAGGUGGGAACUCGCUGGCUGAAGUGCUGCAAAACUCCGGACAGAAAGACUCAGUUCAAGGUAACGGAUGUUGAUGAAGGUUCAGAAGUGCAGUUCCAGGUCAGAGCUGAGAACGAGGCUGGAGUUGGAGAUCCAAGUGAACCCACCGUGAUUCUCACCAUUGAAGAUCCAACCAGUGCACCAUCACCUCCACUUGAAGUGGUCAUCCCUGAUGCCAGCAGGGAGCACAUCAAUGUCACCUGGAAGCCUCCAGUCAAGGACGGGGGUUGUCCUGUCACUGGGUACCAUGUGGAGGUGGCAGAAGCCCGUCCAGAGCUAAAGUGGCUCAGGGUCAACAGCAGACCCAUCAAGGAGCUAAAGUUCAGGAUAGAUGAUGGAAUCAAACCUGAGAAAAAGUAUGUCAUUAGGGUUCGGGCCAUCAACUCUGUCGGAGUCAGUGAUCCCUCUGAUGUCUCUGAUAAGGUCGCCACCAAAGAUCCUGACUGUGCUCCAACCAUGGAUUUGGAAGCAAAGGACGUGAUAGUGGUUGAAGGUGAGAAGCUGCACCUGAAUGUUCCCUACAGGGCAAUCCCGACACCCAAGAUGAUUUGGCAGAAGGACACUGUGGAGUGUAAGGCCGGUGACCGGCUCUCCCUGACAGUGGAGAUGAACAGCGCCCACCUGGAGCUGCUCAAGUGCACCCGCGAUGAUGCUGGUGCCUAUGCCAUCACUCUGGAAAACAGUCUGGGAACUGCCACUGGAACCGUCAAUGUCAAAGUCAUCGGACUCCCUGGUCAGUGUAAAACUAUCACCUCCGGUGAUGUCACCAAGAACAGCUGCAAGGUCAGCUGGGAAGCUCCAGAGGAUGAUGGCGGCACCCCCAUUGUCAGCUAUACCCUGGAGCGCCGUGAAGCAUCCAAAAAGACUUACAUGCCCGUUAUGUCGGGAGAAAAUGUCCUAACAAGUACUGUCAAAGAUCUCUUUGUCAACUGUGAGUACUUCUUCAGGGUGAAAGCUGUCAACGAGGUCGGAGCAGGAGAAUAUCUGGAGUUACAAAACCCAGUCAUUAUAGAGGAAAUAAAACAGAAACCAGACCCACCCAUCCAAGUGGAAGCUCAUGACCCAACGUCCAAGUCCAUCACAGUCACCUGGAAGGCUCCAGACUACGAUGGCGGCUGUCCCAUCCAGGGCUACAUCAUAGAGAAGAUCGAGAAGGACGGCGACCGCUACGAGAGGGUCACACCAAGCCUGGUUCCUGGUUUCUCCUACGUGGUGAUGGGCCUAAAGGAGGACAUGGAGUACCAGUUCAGGGUCAGAGCUGAGAAUGCUGCCGGAGUCAGCGAGCCGUCACGCAGCUCACAGCCCAUCAAGGCUGCAGACCCUGUUGAAAAACCCAAGGUCACCCUGCACGCCCGUGUUCAAUCUGGGCUCUGUAUCAAGAAAGGUGAGGAGAUCUGCAUUGACGCCUACAUCUCUGGCUCCCCAUAUCCCAAAAUCUCCUGGCUGAGAAAUGAUGAGGAUGUCACCAAAGAGCCCACCAAGAAGUUAAUUCCUGUUAUCAAGAAGAAGAAGACCAAAGCCAAGGUUUGUGUCUUCACUGAGACAUCUGAAAGUCCUGAAUGUUUCAAGUGUUUCAACCUUUCUGAUUUCUUGCUGCAGGUUCCAGAACCAGAGGAGGAGUUUGUGACUCCCCUGCGUGAGCGUCUGGGUAUAGACCAGACCAAGAAGGGACAAUCUGCACUGAUGAUCCGUGAUGCCGUCAGAACCGAUCACGGCAACUUCACUAUCAAGGUGGAAAACACACAUGGUGUUGCCACCGCUUCCUGCGUCGUCAACGUCCUAGACAAACCUGGUGCUCCGAUUAACGUCACCUUUGAUGAGAUCAGGAACACGUCGGUCAUCUGUAACUGGGAGCCUCCUGAGGAUGAUGGUGGCAGCGAGAUCCUGAACUACAUCCUGGAGAAGAAAGACAACAAGAAGGACGAGACUGGCUGGAUCACCGUCACUUCUACCCUGAAGGGCACCAGCUGCCCCGUCACCAAGCUCAUCGAAGGGAAGGAGUACAUCUUCAAAGUCACUGCUGAAAACAAGUAUGGCUGUGGUCUACCGUGCAUCUCUGAACCACUCGUCGCCAAGAACCAGUUCAGUCCUCCUGAUGCUCCCAACACUCCCAGAGUCCACGAGGUGACGGCAAGCACCGCGCACAUCUCUUGGCAUGAGCCAAAGGACAAUGGAAGCCCGAUCCUGGGUUACUGGAUCGAGAGGAAGGAGGUGAACAGCAAACACUGGACCAGAGUCAACCGAGCCCUCCUCAACUCUCUCGAGGUGAAGGUGACUGGCCUGAUGGAGGGCUUGACCUACAUCUUCAGGGUCUGUGCUGAGAAUCUGGCUGGCCCCGGGCCCUUCAGUGAUCCAACCGAUCGCAUUGUCGCGAUGGAUGAAAUCCUGCCUCCCGGUCCACCAAUUCCAUGGAUCGUGGACACCGGGAAGGACUCUGUUGUUGUGGCGUGGAAGCCCCCGCUGUACAAUGGUGGUGGAGACAUCCUGGGAUACCACGUUGAGAAGGUUCUGGCCGGAGAGAAAGACUGGAGCCGCAGCACCGAGUUCAGGUGUAAAGAGCUGACGUACACUGUGACCGGCCUCACUGAGGGAGCAGAUUAUUAUAUCCGGGUUCUUGCAGUCAAUGACGCAGGCCCAGGAGCUCCUGGUGUUACUGAGCCUGUUACCGUCAAAGAGCCCCAAGAAUCUCCUGUUGUGGAUUUCGAUGACUCUGUGAAGAACGGCGUCAUGAUUAGGGCUGGCGAGUCUCUGAGGCUUCCUGCUGUGGUCCGUGGUCGACCCCAGCCAGAGGUAAAAUGGGCCAAAGAUGAGGCUGAAAUCGACAAAGAGAGGAUGAUUGUGGAGACCGUGGGGAAGAACAGUACAUUGUUCAUCAAGAAGGCUGUGAGGGCAGAUCACGGAAAGUACCAGAUCACCGGCACCAACAGCAGCGGGAGCAAGACCGCCGAGACAAGAGUGGAUGUUAUGGAUGUUCCUGGGCCGGUGGUUGACUUGAAGGCUGUUACAGUUACCAAGAAGAACAUCGUCCUCACCUGGUCUGACCCCGUGGAUAAUGGUGGCAGCGAUAUCAUUGGUUAUGAGGUGCUGAAGAAGGAUGCAAAUAUGAAGCUCUUCCGCCAGCCCAUUGAGACUGCAUCCUGCAAGUGUGAUGUCCAAGCCCUGCUGGCUGGCGACCAGUAUGAUUUCAGAGUCAUUGCCAGGAACAAGUAUGGUGAUGGACUUCCAGCAGACCUGGGUCCCAUCUUAGCUGAGGAUCCAAAAGGUACACCAUCUGCCCCAGAGAAACUGCACUACACCAACAGAAGCAAGAACACCAUCACUCUGGCCUGGCAGCCUCCUCGCACUGAUGGUGGCAGCCCCAUCAGAGGAUACUAUGUGGAGAAGAUGAGGUCUGACAGCACCGAGUUUGAAGUGGCCAACCGCAAUAUCUUCCCUGAGUGCUGUGGAACCAUUGAGAACCUGUCGGAGAACCAGGAGUAUGACUUCCGUGUCAAAGCCGUGAACGAGGUUGGAGAAGGAGAUCCAUCCAAAAAAAUCACAGUCAAGAUCCAGGAUGAUGAGAUUGCUCCCAGCAUUACAAUCUUGAAAUUCAUCAAGAGCAACGCCAUCAAUGUGAGGAAAGGCGCCGCCAUCGACAUCCCAGCAGAAGUGAGGGGACUUCCUCUGCCGACACUGCAGUGGAUGAAGGAUGACAUCGUGAUCGAGAAGACCGAUGAGGAGAAGAUGACGAUGGAGACUGAGGAGGUGGACCGGACAACCAUAAGGACGAAGAUUGCCAUCCCAGAAACCAUAAGGCAGGACAAAGGCAGCUACAAGCUGGUUGCUGAAAACUGCCACGGGAAAGCUCAGAAGAUCAUCAAAGUCGAGAUCCUCGACCGUCCUCUUCCUCCACGGAACAUCGUGGUCUCAGACAUCAAAGCAGACUCGUGCUACCUGACCUGGGACGCUCCAGAAGACAAUGGAGGAAGCGAGAUCACUAACUACAUUGUUGAGCGCAGAGAUGCAAGCAAGAAAAAGUCUGACUUUGAUGUUCUGACCAUCAACCUCAUUGACAGGAGAUAUGGGGUGUACAAACUGGACUUGAAUGGUAGCUACCAGUUCAGGAUCAAAGCUGUAAACAAAUAUGGCGUCAGUGAUGGCUGCGACUCAGAGAAAGUCCAGCUGCGGGAUCCAUUUGGUCUUCCUGGACCUCCACGUAAUCCAAAAAUUAUUGCUGCUACAGCGACCACAAUGACCGUGACUUGGGAUCCCCCUCUGGACAACGGUGGUUCCACCAUCCAGGGAUAUUGGCUGGAGAAGAGGGAACGUGGUGCUGUGUACUGGGGUCAUGUCAACCGAGCUCCAGUCACCAAACCGGCAGUGAAAGGCCUGCAGUACACCGUGCUGAAGCUCAUAGAAGGAACAGAGUACCAAUUCAGGAUUUCAGCCAGCAAUGCUGCUGGUGUUGGACCGCCCAGCGAGGCCACAGAGUGCCGCUUUGCUGUGGAUCCAUGCAACCCCCCAAGCAUACCUGGAAAUCCUGAAAUUAAAGACAAGACCAAGAACAGCAUCACUCUAACCUGGACCCCACCGGACAAAGAUGGCGGGAGCCCAAUCAAGGGUUACAUUAUUGAGGUUCAUGAGGAGGGCUCUCCUGAUUGGAGGAGAGUGAAUCCUGCUGAUAAGCUCCACCCCUCCACUGAAAUCACUGUACCUGACCUGAAGGAAGGCAAGAAGUGCAAGUUCAGGAUUUACGCGGUGAACUCUGCUGGAAACUCAGAGCCUGCUAGGACUGGUGACAUCCUGGUCCAGGACAUCCUGAUUGAGCCAACGGUGACUCUCGAUGUGACUGCUCAAGACCUGCUAAACUGUAGAGCAGGAACGACCAUUAAGAUUCCUGCCACCAUCACCGGCCGACCGGUCCCCAAAGUCACCUGGACUUUCGAUGGGACGGCUGAGACUGAGAAAAAGAACGAUCUACACACUCUGCCAAUUGACUCAGAGAUCCAUUCCACCGACACAACCUCAGUGAUUGUGAUCCCAGCCUGCAAACUAAACCACAGUGGCAGAUACAUCAUCAACGCAGAGAGCCCUGCUGGACACAGAGUGGUCAAAGUCAGAGUCAGCGUCCUCGACCUGCCCGGACCUCCCAGAGACCUGAAGAUUAGUGACGUGACCAGGGGAACAUGCAGACUCACCUGGAAACCCCCAGAGUGUGAUGGAGGAGAGAGGGUUAAGAGCUACUUUAUUGAAAAGAAAACAGCAGAGGGAAAAGCAUGGACCAAGGUAAACCCGGCCUGCACUGCUCAGUCUCUGGUGGUGCCAGAUCUGAAUGAAGGCCAGGAGUACCUUUUCCGUGUACGUGCUGAGAACCGCUUUGGGUUUGGCCCCUACAUCGCAAGCAUUGAAAGGACCAAGGCCAGAGAUCCAAUCCAUCCUCCCGAUCCUCCAACAAGGUUGAAGAUCCAGAGCGUCAGGAAGGGCACAGUAACUCUGACCUGGAAGGCUCCAAAGAACGAUGGUGGUUCACCUGUAACCCACUACAGCGUUGAUCUCCUCUGCUGGGACAGCAGUGGCACCCAGAAGGAGUCCUGGAGGAGGUGCAACAGGAGAGAUGUGGACACCACCAGCUUUAAAGUGGAGGACCUUACAGAGGGAGAUGAGUAUGAGUUCAGGGUGAUGGCUUACAAUGAAGUCGGACCCAGCCGACCUUCAACUACAGCUGGACCAAUCAUCAUCCAGGACCAGAGCUGUGCUCCAUCCAUCGAGCUGAAGGAGUUCAUGGAGGUGGAGCAGGGCUCCGACAUUAGCAUUGUGGCCCAAAUUCGUGGCUGUCCAUUCCCUACACUCACCUGGUACAAGGCUCCGCCCCACAAGUCCGACGCCAAGGUGGAGGUUCAGUACGACGAGCAUAUAAAUAAGAUUGUUUCGGACGACAGCUGCACACUGCUCAUCCAGCAGGGCAAACGUCGCGACACAGGCCUGUACACGCUGGUGGCUUCCAACAGCCUUGGCAAGGCCUCCAAGGAGAUGAGGCUCAACGUGCUCGGCCGCCCCGGUCCUCCCUCUGCUCCCAUUAAGUUUGAGGAGAUUGGAGCUGAGAAGAUCACGCUUUCCUGGCUGCCGCCGAAGGACGAUGGUGGCUCCAAAGUCACAAACUACGUCAUCUGGAGGCGGGUGGCCAACAGAAAGACUUGGGUGCCUGUCACCAGUGAGCCGAAAGAGCGGAUCUGGACAGUGGAGAACUUGAUGAGGGGACAUGAGUACGUGUUCCGCAUUAUGGCACAGAACAAGUAUGGAGUCGGAGAGCCAUUGGACAGUGAGCCCGAGGUGGCCCGAGAUCUCUACACUGCACCUGGUCAGGUUGAAAAGCCGACAGUUACCAGCGUAACCAUGGACUCCAUGACCGUUAACUGGGAAGAACCUGAGGACGAUGGGGGGUCCCCGAUCACUGGCUACUGGCUGGAACGCAAGGAGACAACUGGCAAACGCUGGACCCGUGUCACCCGCGACCCGAUCCGUCCCAUGGGCCUGGGCGAGUCGUUUGUGGUGAGCGGACUCAUUGAGGGAUCCCAGUAUCUAUUCCGAGUCUCUGCCAUCAAUGCCGCAGGGCCCGGACUUGCUAGCCCUCCCACUGACCCCAUCUUUGCCAGAGACCCUAUCACGCCGCCAUCUCCUCCAACCCCAAAGGUUUCUGACUGGACAAAGUCUACAGUGGACCUGGAGUGGAUUCCUCCUCUGAAGGAUGGAGGCUCCAAGAUCAUUGGUUAUUGGGUGGAGCACAAAGAGGAGGGCACUGAAGCCUGGGUCAAGGCCAAGGACACGGAAAUCCGUGGCACCCGGUUUGUGAUCACUGGUCUGAAGACUGGUGGUAAAUACAGGUUCAGAGUGAUUGCCUUCAAUGCUGCUGGCAAUGGUGAGCCAGGAGAAGUCCCAGAGGUUCUCGAGGUGAAUGACAGAAUUGUUGCGCCAGAGGUUGACUUGGAUGCCUCGGUGAAAGAAAGAAUAGUGGUCCACGCUGGCGGCGUGAUCCGAAUCAUUGCCUACGUGUCAGGCCAGCCAUCCCCCGAUGUCACCUGGAGUAGAGAUGGAGCUGCACUGCCUCCUGAGGCUAAAGUGGAGACCACAGCCAUCAGCUCAUCUCUUGUCAUCAAACCUUGCACUAGGAAACACCUUGGUGUGUACACACUGACCGCCAAAAAUGCUGGAGGAGAGAAGACAAAGAAGAUCACAGUGGAAGUUCUGGAUGUUCCCGGGCCAGUACGCAUCCCCGUAGUUGCAGAGAACCUGAGCAGUGACUCCUGCAAAAUCAACUGGUACUUCCCUGAGAAUGAUGGCGGCUCACCUAUAAGCAACUUCAUUAUUGAGAAACGUGAGGGUGAGCGCAAAGUCUGGACGUCGCUGUCCUACACCGCCAGCAGACAGAACGCUGUGGCUCAUGACCUCACACCUGGAAAGGCCUACUUCUUCAGAGUAGCUGCAGAGAAUGCCAUCGGUAUUGGACCCUUUCUGGAGACUGCAGCUGAGACUGUCGUCAAGGAACCCAUCAGUGUUCCAGACCGUCCAGAGGAGGUGGAAGUCACCAAGGUCACCAAAGAUUUGAUCAGCAUCGCUUGGAAGGCGCCCAAGUAUGACGGUGGCUCAGAGAUCACUAUGUAUAUCCUGGAAGCACGCAUGAUUGGCAAAGACAAAUUCACUAGACUGACCAAGGAGAACCUGAUGGACAGGAAAUACACCUACGAUGGCCUCAGGGAGGGUGACACCUAUGAGUUUAGGGUCAUUGCUGUCAAUGAGGUUGGCCCCAGCAAACCAUCUUUCUGCACCAAACCAGUCACCUGCAAGGACGAGCUAGAGCCGCCCACCAUUGAGCUAGAUUUCCGCGAUAAGAUCAUCAUCCGUGUGGGGGAGAGCUGCCUGCUGCAGGGCCGCUAUACUGGUAAACCACCUCCAUCCAUCACGUGGUAUCGUGACGACAAGGAGCUGAAAGCUGACAAACACAUCAUGUUCAAGAACACGCUAACCACCAUGUCACUGGGCCUGAUGAAGGCAGAACGUGAACACAGCGGCAGAUACGUGGUCAUUGUAGAGAACAGUACCGGAUCCAGGAAGGGAGUCUGCAACAUCACAGUUGUUGACCGCCCGACUCCUCCUGUUGGCCCAGUGGUGUUUGAGGAGGUUCACAGGGAAUACAUGGUGAUCUCCUGGAAGCCUCCUUUGGACAGUGGUGGUGUUGAUGUCUCUAAUUACAUAAUUGAGAAAAGAGACAUCAACAGAGAAACCUGGACCACAGUAACAUCUGCCACCACCAAGACCACAUGCAAAAUCCCCAAGCUGACAGAGGGCAGGGAGUAUAUAAUGAGAAUCUGUGCUGAGAACAUGUACGGUAUCAGCGACCCUCUGGAAUCUGAGGAGAUGAAAGCCAAAGAUCUCUUCAGAGUCCCCGAAGCCCCUGAAAUGCCAACAGUCAGGGAGGUGUAUGGCACCAAUGCUCUAGUGCUGUGGAACCGACCUCGUGAUGGUGGAAAGCCCAUCACCAACUACAUCCUGGAGAAAAAAGAGACCACAGCCAAGAGGUGGUCCAGGGUCACCAGAGACCCACUGUACCCAGCCACUCAGUAUCGAGUCCAGGAUCUAGUGGAGGGCUGCGAGUAUGAAUUCAGGGUGAUGGCUGAGAAUGAGCUCGGACCUGGAGAUCCCAGUGUCCCCUCCAAGCCCAUACUUGCCAAAGACCCUAUUGUGCUCCCCAGUCCUCCUGUGACCCCCGAGGCCUAUGAUAAGACCAAGGACUCCGUCAGCCUGAAGUGGAAGAUGCCACGCCACGACGGGAGGGGACGAAUCUUUGGAUACCUUGUGGAGUACCAGAAGCCUGGUGCCGUGGAGUGGAUGCAAGCCAACGAAACCCCAGAGCAGUGCCCUGACCUCCACUAUGUGGUGACAGGGCUGGCUGAUGGACACGAGUACAAAUUCAGGAUCUUCACUGUCAAUGCUGCUGGCAAAUCAGAUCCUGCUUAUGUCAAGGACACCAUUAAAGUCCAUGACAGGCUUGAGGAACCAGAGUUGCUGCUGGAUGCCAACAUGGCACGUGACCACCUGGCCAUGCUGGGCACUGACAUCACCCUGAGUGCCACCAUCAAAGGUGUGCCGACGCCCACAGUCAGCUGGAAGAAGAAUGAUGCAGACGUUCCUGCUCACAUCACCGUCGCUGUUACUGCCACUGGCAGCAAAGUCUUCAUCCCGAAGUGCGUCCGCGCAGACUCUGGCAACUACACCAUCACUGUUGAGAAUGCUGCUGGAAAGAAGACAGCAACCGUUGCUGUGCUUGUGCUGAACAAGCCUUCUCCUCCCAGGGACUUGGUAAUCUCUGAUGUGACCAGUGAGUCCGCCUACCUCACGUGGAAGGCUCCAGAGGACAAUGGCGGUGCCGUCAUCUCUCAUUACAUCGUGCACAAGAAGAACGUGGCUGCUGAGCAGUGGGUACCUGUUGCUGUGGCCAAUAAGAAACUGAGUCUGAUGGCCCUGUACCUGAUGGAAGGAAUCCAGUAUUUGUUCAGGGUAGCUGCAGAGAACCAGUUUGGCAGGAGUGAUUAUGUAGUGACCAAAACACCCAUCAAGGCUGUCGAUCCUCUCUAUCCUCCUGGCCCACCCAAAAACCUGCACCAUACUGAUGCAGACAAGACAGAAGUUUGGUUGGCAUGGGAGUGGCCUGACCGCACCGGCGGAAGUGAAAUUACUGGCUUCAUUGUGGAGCACCAAGAAGAGGGUCAGACUGACUGGGUCACCUUCAAGACCGUAAGCAACAAUCACACCCAUGUCACAGGUCUGGAGGAGGGCAAGACUUACCGCUUCAGAGUCAAAGCGCAGAACGCCAUUGGCGUGAGCCGUCCCGACACCAGUGUCCCUGUCACAUGUCAGGAGAAAACAUUGCCACCUACUAUUGAAGUUGAUGUAAAGCUUAUUGAGGGUCUCAUUGUCAAAGCUGGCACCGCUAUUGCUCUUCCAGCCAAGAUGGUGGGCAUCCCUCUUCCCACUGCCAAAUGGAUGACUGAUGGCAAAGAGAUCACAUCUGAGGGCCGCCAUCACAUUCAGUCAGCUGAAUCCACAACCACCCUAAGUAUCCCUGAGUGCCAGAGAGCAGACACUGGAGAGUAUAUACUCACUGUGUCAAAUCCUGCAGGCAGCAAAACUGUUGCCCUUCAUGUGACCGUCCUGGAUCUUCCAGGUCCACCCAUUGGACCUAUUAAUAUUUUGGAAGUCACCCCUGAUUACAUGAUGAUCCAAUGGAGAGCCCCAAAGGAUGAUGGUGGAACACCUAUCACCAACUAUGUGGUGGAAAAGAAGGAUGUGAAAAAACCAUGGGAGCCUUGGUCUGUGGUUAGCUCCAGUGGCACAGUGACCAGAGCCAAGGUGUCCAGACUAGAGAAAGGCCGUGAGUACAUUGUCCGUGUGCGUGCUGAGAACAAGAUUGGUAUUGGUGCCCCACUUGAGAGUCCUCCAACUAUUGCCAAACACAUGUUUAACCCUCCCGGCCCACCAGGCCUACCAGAAUGUUCUGAUAUAACAGAGAAUGCUGUAACAGUGUCAUGGAGCCUGCCUGACUAUGAUGGAGGAAGUCCUAUCAGUGGUUAUGUGGUUGAACGCAGAGAAAUGACAGGAAAGUGGAUCCGUGUCAAUAAAACACCUGUUCUCGACCUCAGAUAUAGAGUCUCUGGCUUAUUUGAAGGGAACACUUAUGAGUUCAGAGUAUUUGCAGAAAACAUUGCUGGUAUCAGUGAGCCCUCGCUUACCUCUGAUCCCAUCAAGGCCACCCGAGCCAUCACCAAACCUGGCCCCCCUGGUAAUCUUAAACUGAAAGACUGGAGUAAGUCACAUGCUGACAUCUGUUGGACCAAGCCUACAAGAGAUGGAGGUAGUCCCAUUCUGGGGUAUGUAAUUGAGGCUCAGAAGUCAGGAACUGCCCAGUGGGACAGAAUCAACAAAGACCUUGUCAAGAUGUGUGCCUAUAGAGUUCCAGGCCUCAUUGAAGGACUAGAGUACAGACUCCGCGUCAGAGCCACCAAUAAGGUUGGAGACAGUGAACCCAGGGAGCUACCUCAGACUAUCUUGGCAAAGGACAUCCUGGUACCACCUGAAGUUGUUGUUGAUGUGUCAUGCCGUGACUCUGUGACAGUCAGAGCAGGUCAGAUUAUCAGUUUGAUCACUAGAGUCAAAGGCAGACCCGAUCCAGAGAUCACUUGGACCAAGGAUGCCAGAGCUUUGCCCAGGGAUAAGCGCACACAGAUGAACAACAACUACCCACUGUGUGAACUCAUCAUAGACGAUGCAGUCAGAUCAGACUACGGUAAAUAUGCUAUUGUGGCUAAGAACAGCAGCGGGCAGGCACAGGCUACCAUUCUUGUCAAUGUCCUAGACACACCGGGAGCUUGCCAGAAUAUAAAAGUGGCUUAUGUGACCAAGAAAUCCUGCAUGGUUUCCUGGGAGAACCCUGAAGACAAUGGAGGAACUGAGAUCACGCAGUACAUUAUUGAAUGUCGUCAGCCCAGCCAGCGAGGAUGGACAGUGGUUUCCAAUGACUGCACUAAGCGUCUGAUAAAGGCUCCUCUUACAGAAAGUUGUGAAUAUUUCUUCCGGGUCAGUGCAGAGAACAAGAUUGGCGCUGGUCCACCCACUGAGACCAAGACACCUGUAUUGGCAGUUGAUCCCAUUGAGAAACCUGGUGAACCCAUUGACUUCCAUAUAUCUGAGAUAGGCAAGACCUUCUGCUUCCUCAAGUGGAAGAAGCCAGAUUAUGAUGGCGGUAGCCGUAAUCUGGGUUAUCAUAUUGAAAAGAAACCAAAGGAGGCUGAUGAGUGGGAGAGGCUUCACAAGGGUGCCAUCAAGGAGACUUACUUCAUGGCCGACAGAUGUAUCGAAAACCAGAUCUACCAGUUCAGAGUUCAGACUAAGAAUGAGGGCGGUGAAAGCAACUGGGUUACCACAGCUGAAGUCAUGGUUAAGGAACAGUUAGUGAUCCCUGAGAUCAAGAUUAAAUUGGAUGGAACCCUUAUAGUGAAAGCAGGAGGCUCCAUUCCUAUAGAGGCAACAGUGACAGGCAAACCCCAGCCUGAUAUCAAAUGGACCAGGGAUGAAAGCACAGAGGAGAUUAAGAAGGGCCCCAGGCUUCAAAUCGAAAGUGGUGCAGACUUCUCUAAACUUCUGAUUACUGGAGCAAGGCGCACUGACAGUGGCAAAUAUGCUGUUACUGCCUCCAACAAUGCAGGAACAUGCUCUGCUCAUGCCAAGAUCAUUGUACUGGAUAGACCUGGCCCCAUCAGGGAUCUCAAGAUAUCCGGUAUCACUAAUGACAGGUGUCAUCUGGCCUGGGAAAUCCCAGAGGAUGAUGGUGGCUGUGAUAUCUACAACUACAUAAUUGAGAAAUGUGAGACCAAGAGGGGAGUCUGGUCUGUUCACUCCAAUGCCGUCAUCACCAACAAAGCGAAGGUAACUCGUCUUAUUGAGGGUAAUGGGUAUAUGUUCAGAGUUAGAGCCGAGAAUAAGAUGGGCUCUGGACCAGCAGUACAGAGUGAAGGUAUUGUUGCUGGAACGCAGUUCAGUGUACCUGGUGCUCCAGAAGCACCAGAGGUCAUCAAGAUUGCCAAGGAGGAGAUGACUGUUCAGUGGUCAGAGCCAGAGAAAGAUGGUGGAAAGCCAAUCACAGGAUAUCUGUUGGAGAAGAGAGAGGAGCAUGCUGUUAAGUGGUCUCCUGUCAACAAGGAUCCAAUUCCUGGAACUCGUUUCACAGUUACUGGACUCCUUCCACUUCAUGAAUACCAAUACAGAGUGAAGGCGGUGAAUGAAAUUGGCAUCAGCAACCCAAGCAAGGCUUCACGGGCAAUCACUGCUAAGGAUGCAGUUGAGCCGCCUGCACCUCCUACUAACUUGAAGGUUGUGGACAGCACCAAAUCCACAGUCACCUUGGGAUGGACCAAGCCGGUGUCAGAUGGCGGAGCUCCCAUCAUUGGUUAUGUUGUGGAGAUGAGGGCACAGGGAUCUGUUAAGAAAGGUGAAGAUGGCUGGAAGAGGUGCAACGUGGCAGCUCAGCUGAUCAUAUGCGAGUUCACAGUCACAAGUCUGGAUGAGAACCUUGUGUAUGAAUUCAGAGUGUCAGCUCAGAACCAGGUGGGCAUGAGCCUGCCAUGCAAUCUGGAAGGUGCCGUGAUUCCCAGGGAGAUUCUAGAGACACCCGAGAUAGACUUGGAUGCCAACCUAAAACAGGGAUUAACCGUAAGAGCCGGUUGUCCCAUCAGAUUAUGUGCCACCAUCAGAGGCAGACCACCUCCAAAGGUGAUUUGGAGGAGGAUGGGUAUCGACAACGUGGUCAGGAAGGGUAAAGUUGACAUCAUUGACACCAUGACCUUCCUGGUCAUUCCCAACAGCACACGUGAUGAAUCUGGAAAAUACUGCCUGACUCUGCAGAAUCCUGCUGGAGAGAAAGCUGUGUUUGUCAAUGUGAAGGUUCUGGACACUCCUGGACCCGUGAUGAAUCUGGAAGCUACAGACAUCAAACAGACAUCAGCAAUGCUGUCUUGGAACCCUCCAGAGAACAAUGGUGGCAGUGACGUCACACAUUAUAUUGUUGAGAAGCGUGAGAUUGACCGCAAAACCUGGGCAACUGUCAAGGCCGAAGUAGCACUCGAUAAGAUUCCAUUCAAAGUCACCAAUCUGAUACCAGGAACAGAAUACUACUUCAGGGUCACAGCUGUCAAUGAGUAUGGUUCUGGGGUUCCCAAAGUGACACCCACGUCUUACCUGGCUUCUGAUCCUGUCAGCAAGCCAGAUCCUUGUCAGAAAAUUGAAGUCCUAGAAAUCACAAAGAACAGUGCUUUGGUCGGGUGGGUGAAGCCUGCAGGGGACGGUGGUGCCAAGAUUGAUGGUUAUGUAAUUGAAUACAUUGAGGUCAAACCUCCUCCAGAGCCACCAGCAGCUGUGGAGGUUCCUGAAGGAGAGGAAGCUCCUCCACCACCUCCACCACCACCAGUUAUAGAGGAGGAAGAGAAGCCAGAGCCUGAAAAGGAAGUGUGGAACGCUUAUACUACAGUUAAAGGUUUGACAGUCAGCAUCAGUGGACUGAAGGAGGGCAAGAGGUACAAGUUCAGAGUGGCUGCCAAAAACACCAUGGGUCUCAGCUUGUUCACUGAAACCAGAGACCCUGUCGAGAUCAAGGAACAAAUGUUGGAACCAAAGAUUGUCAUGCCAGAGGCAGCAAGUGCUAGAGCUGGAGCCAAGCUUAGAGUGGAGGCAGUGGUUUCAGGAAAACCGACCCCAACCUGCAAGUGGCUGCGUGGCGAAAAAGCCGUGGUUCCAUCCAGCCGCCUGGCUGUGCAUCAGUCAGGCAACUUGUGUGUCUUGAUCAUCAAAGAUGUAUCAAGGACUGACACUGGAGAGUACAGCCUUGUGGCUGAGAACAGCACUGCAAAGGUGACCCAGACCAUGAAGAUUGUCAUCAGAGAUAUACCCGGGCCUCCUGAGGGCCCUGUAGAGAUCAGCGAUAUUGACUCUGAUGCUUGUUCCUUAUCCUGGAAUAAACCUCUGGAGGAUGGAGGGAGCAACAUCACUAACUACGUGGUGGAGAAAUGUGAUGUGAGUAGAGGCGACUGGGUGACUGCUGUCUCUACAUGCCCAAAGACUAAUUGCAGGCUGGGAAAGCUUGUCCCUGGGAAGGAGUAUGUGUUCCGCAUCCGUGCUGAGAACCGCUUUGGCGUAUCAGACCCCAUUCAAUCCGACAGGAUGGUCGCAAAGUUCCCCUUUGAUGUUCCGAGUGAACCCUUUAACUGCCGCAUCAACAAGACCAACAAAGACUGUAUGUUUGUGGCCUGGGAUAAGCCAGAGAGUGAUGGAGGCAGUCCCAUCACGGGUUACUACAUUGAGCGCAAAGAGAGGAACAGUCUGCUGUGGGUGAAGGCCAAUGACACUGUUGUUCGAAGCACUGAGUACCCAUGUGCUGGCCUCAUCGAGGGCCUGGAAUACACCUUCAGAGUAUCAGCUAUUAAUCGCGCUGGCCAGGGCAAACCAAGCAAGAAGACUGACUUUUUCACUGCAAGAACACCCGUUGACACUCCAGGUAAACCUGAAGUCCUGGAUGUAACCAAGAACUCAGUCACUCUGGUUUGGACCCGUCCUAAGAAUGAUGGAGGUAGCAAGAUCAUUGGUUACUAUGUUGAGGCCCUGCGGGUUCCAGGAGACACUUGGAUACGCUGCAACACAAGUAGCCAGAAUGUGCCUAAGGAGGAGUACACAGUUACUGGCCUGGAGAGAGACUUGCAGUACCAGUUCAGAGUUAUUGCGAAAACUGCUGUCAACAUAAGCAGUCCCUCAGAACCCACAGACCCUGUCCUCGUGUGUGCUGAAAAUGUUCCUCCAAGGGUGGAGCUCAAUGCCAGGAUGCAGAAGGGUUUGAAGGUGAAGGCUGGAACUACAAUCCUCCUGGAGGCUGAUGUGUUCGGUAAGCCCAUGCCCAGAGUGACCUGGAAGAGAGGUGACGACAAUCUGAAGUCAGGUGAAGGCCAGGUUAUUACCCACCAAAGAAAUCACUUUCAGCUGGAAAGGACAGGUGUCACCAAGGAGCAUACAGGAACAUACACCAUCUUGGCUGAGAAUGCCAGUGGCUCCAAGAGUGCUGAGAUCCAGGUCAUUGUGCUAGAUGUACCUGGUCCUCCUGCAAAUUACAAAUGCGUUGAGGUGUUUGCCACUAGCAUCAAGUUGUCUUGGGAACCUCCUCUUAAGGAUGGUGGUGCCCCAGUCACCAACUAUAUUGUGGACAAGCGUGAAACCAGUAGACCUGAAUGGGCUCAGGUUGCAGGUAAAAUAAAGGGUGACAUCCUUGAUUUCACUGUGGCAAAGUUAAUUGAAGGUCGUGAAUACCAGUUCAGAAUCCGCGCUGAGAACACGUGGGGAGUUGGAGACCCUCUUAUCACCGGCCCUGUCAUCGCCAAGAACCCAUUCACUGUCCCUGGCCCCUGUGAAGCCCCAGUGAUCACCAAUGUAACCAAGGACCGUAUGACCGUGAGCUGGAAGGAGCCUGCAGAUGAUGGAAAGUCCACUAUCCUGGGUUACAUGUUGGAAAAGAAAGAGACCAAGGAAAUGAAUUGGACCAAGUUAAAUAGGAAGCCACUGACAGAAAGAAGUCUGGAGGUCACAGGCCUCACAGAGGGAGUCGAGUAUGAGUUUAGAGUUAUUGCUGUCAACGUGGCUGGGCCCAGCAAACCCAGCGAGCCUUCUUCUGGCAAUGUUGCACAGAAUCCUAUUACUCCUCCUGGACCUGUUGUGAAUCCCAGUGUGACUGACACCACCCACAGCACCAUCAGUCUUGCCUGGACUGCCCCCACCAACAAUGGUGGAAGCCCCAUUAUUGGAUACUUGGUGGAGUGCAAGAGGACAGACACCAAAGACUGGAUCCGCUGUAAUGUCCCAAGGAACCUGCAGGAGACCCACUACGUCAUUCAAAACCUCAUUCAUAAGUCAGAAUACCAGUGCCGCAUUACUGCUGUCAACAAGAUUGGCUUUAGUGAACCAGUUGAAGUCCCUGGGAAACAUGUUGCCAAGGACAUCGUUGUUGCUCCUGAGGCAGAACUGAGUGCAGAGCUGAAGGAUGGCCUGGAGCUACGUGCUGGUGCCACCAUGAGACUGCAUGCCACCAUCAAGGGUUGUCCCACUCCCAAGAUAACUUGGGCAAAGAUGAACACUAACAUUAAAGACCGUCAGGGCAUCAUCAUCAAAUCCACCCAUGUUGACACCAUGGUGAUGGUGGAGAAAGUGAACAGAUAUGAUGCUGGCAAAUACAUUCUGAGCUUGGACAGCUUAGCUGGCAUGAAGAUGUACACCAUCGUUGUCAAAGUUUUUGACACUCCUGGACCACCAGUUAAUCUAAUGGUGAAGGACACAUGUAAGGAUAGUGCCUCCAUCUACUGGGAUGCUCCUCUGAUUGACGGUGGCUUUGAAAUUACCCACUACAUAGUACAGAAGCAUGACACUGAGAGGAAGGCUUGGUCUACCGUUUCCACCAACUGCAAUAAGACGUCAUUCAAGGUUCCAGACCUAGAUGCUGGGCGGUCCUACUGCUUCAGAGUGGCAGCAGUUAACCAGCUGGGUACUGGAGAGUUCUGUGAGACUGAUGAUUCAGUCAGAGCAACAGAGGAGCCUGGGCCUGUCAUGGACUUCAAGACCCUGCUGGUUACCAAGGAUUCUUGCACUUUAAGCUGGAAGAAACCCCUCACUGAUGGUGGUAGUCGCAUCAUCUGUUAUGUACUUGAGGUUCUCAAUGGUGAGGAUAAAUACAAGGAGCUAAUGAGGUCUAAGAAUAUGCAGUACAGUGCCAAGGACCUGGUGGAGGAUAGAGAGUAUACCUACAGAGUCAAAGCUGUGAAUGACACAGGAGAGAGUGCUCCCAAGGAGCUGAAAGUGGUUGCCAAGGACCAGAUCAUUCUUCCCAGUUGUGACUUGAGGGAGUUGCCCAACAUGUGCUACAUUGCCAAGGAAGGCAGUACCGUCCGCCUGAAGAUCCCAAUUAUUGGCAAGCCUACACCCAAGGUAACCUGGAAGAAAGGAGAUGAUGAAGACCUGACAGACACUGGCCGAGUGUGUGCCGAGUCCUCAGCAGUUAACACCACCCUCCUCAUCAGGGACUGCCAAAGGACUGAUGCUUCCAAAUACACCAUCACCCUGAGAAACAGUGCUGGAAGCAAAGAGUCCACCAUCUUUGUCAGGGUGGUGGGUAAACCUGGCAUUCCUGGAGGACCAGUAAAGUUCAAAGAUGUUGCUGCUGAUGGUGCCACAUUAAAGUGGGGUCCUCCCAAGGAUGAUGGUGGCUCUGAAAUUACCAACUAUAUCCUGGAAAAGAGGGACUCCAUCACAAACAUGUGGGUGACUGUGUCCUCUGUUGUGGAGACCAACACCAUGAGAGUAACUGGUCUUCAUGAGGGCACAGAAUACAUCUUCAGAGUAUGUGCCGAGAACAAGUAUGGGGUCGGCGAAGGGCUCAAAUCUGAGCCGACUGUAGCCAAACAUCCAUUCAAUGUUCCUGAUGCUCCUGCUCCUCCUCAGAUUAUGAGCAUGCGCCAUGAUUCAGCUUAUCUUGCCUGGACUGAUCCAAGGAAGACUGGAGGAUCUCCUAUUACGGGCUAUCAUGUUGAGUUCAAGGAGAGAAACAGUAUGUUGUGGAAGAGGGCAAGCCCAGCUGCCUUGAAGAUGAGAGAACAUAAAGUCACUGGGCUGACUGAAGGUCUGGAGUAUGAGUUCAGAGUGAUGGCAAUUAAUUUGGCUGGAAUUGGUAGACCAAGUGCCCCCACUGAUCCACAGGUGGCCCUGGACCCCAUUGAUGCACCUGGUAAACCAGAUGUAAUCAGCAUUACAAGGAGCACUGUGACCCUCCAGUGGACUGAACCUCAGUUUGACGGUGGCCACCGACUGACGGGCUACAUUAUUGAGAAAAGAGACCUGCCUUCUAAAAUCUGGGUAAAGGCAAACAAUGUGAAUGUUGUGGAACCUGCAUUCACUGUCACUAAAUUGCAAGAGGGCUGCAAAUACGAGUUCAGAAUUCGGGCAAAGAAUGCUGCGGGCGCUCUCAGUCCACCCUCUGAGCAGACAGAUACCAUUAUCUGCAGAGAUGAAUAUGCUGCGCCAACCAUUAUAAUUGAUGCUCAGGUGAUGGAAGGCUUGACUGUCCGAGCUGGCGAUACUAUCGUCAUCACUGCCACAAGCAUUUUAGGGAAACCUGCACCAACCUCCUGCUGGUCAAAGGGAGGAAAGUACUUUAAACCCUCGGAUCUUGUUCAAAUUGAGACCACUGCCACAUCCUCCACUUUGUCGGUCAAAUAUGCUAGCAGGAAGGACUCUGGAGACUACAUAAUCACUGCCAGUAAUCCCUUUGGUGUAAAGGAGGAAACUGUGAAGGUCAAAGUUCUGGAUGUUCCUGGUGCUCCUGGACCCAUUGAGUGCAGUGGUGUAUCCUCAGAAAAAGUGACUCUUACAUGGACAGCUCCUACUGAAGACGGAGGCUCUCCUAUCAAGUAUUACACCCUGGAGAAGAGGGAGACCAGCCGUUUGCUCUGGACUAUCCUGGAAGAUAACAUUAUUGAUUGUCACUAUGUGGCCAACAAACUCAUCCAGGACAAUGAAUACUUCUUCAGAGUCUCUGCUGUUAACCAGUAUGGUGCCAGUGAGCCAUCUCACUCUGAAGCAGUUAAAAUGGUAGAUAGAUUUGGUCCACCUGGUCCACCUUCCAAACCAGAGGUUGAAAAAGUCGAUGGACAUUCAGCCACUGUGACCUGGAGAAGACCAACUGAAGAUGGAGGAAGCGACAUCAUAGGUUAUUGUGUUGAAAAGAAAGAGAAAAAAGGCAUGAGAUGGGUCAGAGCAUCCAAGAAAUCCAUCACUGAACUCAGCUUUGAAGUCACAGGUCUUACUGAGGAUGUGGAGUACGAGUUCCGUGUUCUUGCUGAGAACAGAGCUGGGUUUGGCGAGCCAAGUGAACCAUCGAUGGUUGUCAGGACAAUAGUUGUUGCCUAUCCACCUGGACCUCCAGUCAAUCCAAGAGUUACAGACACAACCAAAACCACUGCCACUCUGAACUGGGGAAAACCUCUUCAUAAUGGUGGACUGGAAGUUACUGGAUAUGUCAUUGAGCACAAAAAAGAAGGAACAGAAGAAUGGGUUAAGGAUACCCCAUCAUCUCCACUUAGGAUCACAGAAUUUGUUGUUCCUGAACUAGACACUGGUGCAAAAUACUGCUUCAGAAUUAGUGCUGUGAAUGCUAAAGGAGUGGGAGAACCUGCCGAAACUAAGGAAUUCACUGAGAUUGUGGAGCAUGCAGCUGAACCUGGAAUGGAGCUUGAUGUUGAGCUCAGAAGAACUCUUGUUGUCAGAGCUGGCUGCUCCAUUCGCCUUUUUGUGCCAAUCAAGGGACGUCCUACACCUACUGUCACCUGGACCAAGGAAGGCGGACCUGUUCCACGUGCAGUCAUUGACAGCACUGAAUCAUUUACGAUGCUGAUCAUUCCUGAGAGUUCAAGAAUUGAUGCAGGUAAAUACGAGCUUACCCUCGAAAACUCAGCUGGAAAGAAGAGUGCUGACAUACACGUGAGAGUUCUGGAUUCACCUGGGCCUCCGCUUAACCUAAAACCAAUCAAGAUUGACAAAGAAAGCAUUACGCUUCAGUGGGAAAUGCCUCUCAUUGAUGGUGGUGCAAAGAUCACAAACUAUAUCAUUGAGAAAAGAGAAUCAACACGCAAGGCUUUUGCUACUGUUGUUACAAAGUGCCCAACUACUUCAGUCAGAAUUUGUGACCUGGGUGAAGGUUGUGAGUACUAUUUCAGAGUGUCUGCUGAGAAUGAGUAUGGUAUCGGUGAGGCGGUUGAAACUUCUGAUCCAAUUCGCGCAUCCCAGACACCAAGCUCUCCAGAGAGCAUUAUUCCUACUGAUAUCACCAAGAACUCUAUCAGCCUGGCUUGGACCAAACCUAAGCAUGACGGUGGAAGCAGAAUUACAGGAUAUGUCCUGGAAGCCAAGAAGAAGGGAACUGAUCAGUGGUCUCAUAUUACGACGGUCAAGAACAUGGAUUUCACUGUGAAGAAUCUCAAUGAGAAUGAGGAGUACAUUUUCCGUGUAAUGGCUGUCAAUCAUUCAGGUAGGAGUAUUCCAAAGGAGAGCAAACCCAUUGUUGUCAAGGAUUCUACUUCUUUGCCAGAGUUUGACCUGCGUGGAGUUUGUCACAAGACUGUUAUUGCCAAGGCAGGAGAUGAUAUCAAGGUUGAAAUUCCAGUUAUGGGACGUCCUAGACCAACUGUCUCUUGGCAGAAGGAUGGCGCAGCCCUGAAACUCACACAGAGGACCAAUGUAGAAACUACUGCUGCUACGGUCAUUAUCAGCAUCAGUGAGUGCACCAGAGCUGACAGUGGUGUAUACACCAUGACAGGAAAGAACAUUGUUGGAUCUGUGACAGACAGCAUCACUCUGAAAGUUCAUGAUGUACCUGGUCCACCCAAAGGACCCGUUAAGAUUGUGGAAAUAUCUCGUACUUAUUGUAUCUUUUCAUGGGAAGCUCCUGAGAAUGAUGGAGGGGUUCCCAUCAACAACUAUGUCAUUGAAAUACGAGACACCACUUCUCAAACAUGGACUGAGUUGUCGUCUACCAUCAUCCGCACAAUGUUUAAAGCCAUCCGGUUAACUACUGGAUCAGAGUAUCAGUUCAGAAUAAAGGCUAAGAACAGAUAUGGUGUUGGACCUCCUAUUACUUCAGAGACAGUGGUGGCUGCCUAUCCAUUCAAAGUUCCUGGUCCUCCAGGUACUCCUAACGUUGUUGCAUUUACCAAAAACUCAAUAACAAUUGGCUGGAAUGAGCCUGUGAAUGAUGGUGGAAAUGAAGUCAUUGGCUACCAUGUUGAGAGGAAAGAAAGAACCAGCAUAAUGUGGUAUAGGAUUAGCAAGGGUCUUGUGAAAGGAAAUAUCUUUAAAUCCUCUGGACUUGAAGAUGGAGUUGCUUAUGAGUUUCGUGUCAUGGCUGAAAACAUGGCUGGAAUUGGUAAACCCAGCAAGGCCUCAGAACCGAUAUUGGCCUUGGACCCUGUUGACCCACCAGGUCAGCCUGUGCCAAUAUCUGUCAACAAGAAUGCCAUUACUAUUCAGUGGACAAAGCCUGAGUAUGAUGGUGGGUUCAAAAUCACCGGCUACAUUGUGGAGAAGAGAGAACCUCCUGCUGGUCGCUGGAUGAGAGCCAACUUUACCAACAUAAUUGAAACAACGUUCACUGUUAGUGGACUAACUCAAGAUGCCUCAUAUGAGUUCCGUAUCAUAGCCAGAAACUCAGCAGGUGCAGUGAGCAUACCUUCUGAGCCUUCAGAUCCUAUUAUCUGCAAAGAUGACAUUAUCGAACCACGCAUUAUGGUAGAUGCCAUCUUUAGGGAUGUUGUUCUACUAAAGGCAGGAGAGUCAUUCAAGCUUGAAGCUGAUAUUGCUGGUCAACCAACACCAUCUAUGGUUUGGACCAAGAAUGGAAAGGAGGUUGAGAAUACAAUGAAACUGGAAGUUAGGUUCACUGAACUGACAACUACUCUAACCAACAAGGACUCUAUAAGGCCAGAUGGAGGUGAAUUCAUUUUGACUGCCACUAAUGUUGGUGGAUUUGCAAAGCACAUUUUUAAUGUUAAAGUGCUUGACAGACCAGGACCACCAGUUGGACCUCUUAAGGUAACUGAUGUCACAGCUGAGACCUGUGCACUCUCCUGGGCUCCACCUGCAGAUGAUGGUGGUUCCAAGAUUGAAGGAUAUGUGAUUGAGAAGCGUGAAUCAAGCAGACUGGUUUGGACCAGUGUUAUUUCAGACCUCAAAGAUACACAAUACAAGGUUACUAAGCUGCUCAAAGGAAACGAAUACAUUUUCAGGGUAAUGGCAGUGAACAAAUAUGGAAUUGGUGAGUCGCUUGAAUCACAACCCACUAUUGCAGACAACCCAUAUGUGAUUCCAGAUCCUCCUGAGAAUGCUGAGGUGACAGCUAUCACUAAAGAUUCAAUGGUUGUCAUGUGGCAAGCACCUAAGAGUGAUGGUGGAACUCCCAUCACCACCUACCAUAUUGAAAGAAAAGAUAGAAUGGGCCUCCGUUGGGUCAAAUGUAACAAGAGGAAAGUCAAAGAUCUGCAGUUCAAGGCAACAGGUCUUGUUGUUGGACAUGAAUAUGAAUUCAGAAUUAUUGCUGAGAAUGCUGCCGGAUUGAGUAUACCAAGUGUGUCUAGUCCAUUCUACAAGGCCACUGAUGGACUAUACAAGCCUGAAGCUCCAUGCAACCCCAGAAUCUUGGAUACAACCAAGUCUUCAAUUACUGUGGCUUGGAACAAACCUGCAUUUGAUGGUGGCUGUGAAAUCAUGGGCUACAUUGUAGAAACAUGCAUCCCAUCUGAAAAGAAGGAAGAAGAGGAAUGGACCAUUGUGACACCCAAGGAAGGUCUUCCUGCUACCUCAUUCACCAUUGUUAACCUGAAGGAGAAUCAAGAGUACAAGAUUCACAUCUCUGCUGUCAAUAGUGAAGGAAUUGGAGAGGCAGCAUCUGUACCUGGUAAUCCAAAGGCAGAGGACAGGCUUCUCCCUCCUGAGAUUGAUUUGGAUGCUGAACUUCGGUCAGUUGUCAGGCUUAGAGCUUGCUGUUCACUUAGACUGUUUGUGCCUAUCAGAGGCAGACCACCCCCUCAGGUAAAAUGGACCAAAGGAGAUGGGGAGCCAGUUGAGAGGGGAAUCAUUGACAGCACAACAUCAUACACAUCACUGAUAAUUGAAAAUGUCAACCGAUUUGACAGUGGAAAGUAUAAUCUUACUGUUGAGAACAGCUCUGGCUCCAAGACAGUUACAGUACAAGUCAGUGUGCUUGAUACACCAAGUGCCCCACAGAAUCUGAAAAUUACUGCUGUGACAAAGGAUGCUGUGACUCUGACUUGGGAUCCACCAGUGAAUGAUGGUGGAGUUAAAAUUAAGAAUUAUGUUGUUGAAAAACGCGAGUCUACAAGAAAAGCAUAUGCCACAGUCAAUGCGCUCUGCUAUCAAACCACCUUCACUGUUGACCAGCUCCUGGAAGGAUGCAACUAUUACUUUAGAGUUUUAGCGGAGAAUGAGUAUGGCAUCGGCUUGCCCAUUGAGACUGGUGAAUCAGUUAAGGUGUCAGAGAAACCACAGCCUCCUGGCAAAAUCACUCUUAAGGAUGUUACCAAAAACAGUGUCACUCUCUCCUGGGAGAAGCCAGAGCAUGAUGGUGGCAGUAGAGUGGGCUGUUAUGUUGUUGAGAUCCUGCCUAAGGGUGCUGACAAGUGGACCCAAGCACUGAUCGUAAAAGAAACAGAAGCUACUAUUAGUGGACUAAAUGCAGGUGAAGAAUAUAUGUUCCGUGUUGCUGCAAGAAAUGAAAAAGGAACAAGUGAUCCACGUCAGAUUGGAGUUCCUGUGAUUGUAAAAGACCUUGUUAUUGCACCUGCUGUCAAAAUGUUGUUCAACACAUUUACUGUGUUGGCAGGAGAAGACUUGAAAGUGGAGGUUCCUUAUAUUGCACGCCCCAAAGCAACAGUUUCAUGGGUAAAGGAUGGUCUUCCUCUUAAGAGAACUAGCAGAGUAAACUUUGGUGCUACAGACACAAUGCUGAACCUCACUAUAAAUGAAGCUACUAAAGAUGAUGUUGGACACUACAUUAUUACUCUUACCAACACAGCAGGAGAGACUAAAGCAGAUAUUGGCAUUGUUGUUCUUGACAAACCUGGCCAACCAGGUGGUCCAGUUAAGGUAGAGGAAGUCACUUCUGACUGUGUUACCAUCUCCUGGAAUCCACCAGAGUAUGAUGGUGGUUGCACCAUCAAAAGCUAUAUUGUAGAAAAGAGAGACACAUCUACAACUGCCUGGAUGGUUGUAUCUUCCAACCUAGCAAGGACCAAAAUUAAGGCAGGCAGGCUGAAAACAGAUUCUGAGUAUCAGUUUAGAAUUACUGCAGAAAACAGAUAUGGAAAAGGCCCAGCUCUUCUAUCAGCAUGCAUUUUGGCUCAAUACCCAUAUAAACUCCCAGGCCCUCCAGGUACACCAUCCAUUGCAGUCUGCACCAAAGAUAGCAUGGUGGUCACCUGGAAUGAACCUGUCAUUGAUGGUGGAAGUUCUAUCUUGGGCUACCACCUUGAACGUAAAGAGAGGAACAGCAUCCUUUGGGUCAAACUAAACAAAUCUCUUAUUACAGACCAAACCUUUAAGACCACUGGCCUAGAACCAGGAAUGGAGUAUGAAUACAGAGUGUAUGCUGAAAACAUAGUUGGAACAGGCAAAGCAAGUAAAGUGUCGGAGGGCUAUAUUGCUAGAGAUCCUUGUGAUCCACCUGGCACCCCAGAGGCAAUAAAGAUUACUAAGGACUCAGUGACUAUUGUUUGGACCAAACCUGAGUAUGAUGGUGGUGCAAAGGUUACAGGCUACAUUGUGGAAAAGAAGGAGCUUCCAGAGGGUCGUUGGUUGAAGGCUAAUUUUACUAAUGUAAUUGAGACAGAAUAUUUAGCAAGUGGACUUGUGGAGGGCAAUCAAUAUGAGUUUCGUGUCAUUGCCAGAAAUGCUGCUGGUGUUUUCAGUAUUCCUUCUUACAGCACUGGUCCAAUUACUGCCAGAGAUGAGAUUGAGCCACCGAGCAUAAGCAUUGACCCAGAGUAUACACAGAAUAUUGUGGUCAGUGCUGGCGACAACUUCAAAAUUGAUGCAGAUGUUCAUGGAAAACCACUGCCCUCUAUCCACUGGAUGAAGGGAGAGCAGGAACUAGGCAACACAAUUCACAGGGAAAUCAAGAACACACCCACUAAAGCUUUUAUAUCUGUCAAAGAAGCUAAACUUUCUGAUGGAGGGCAAUACAUUUUGCUACUGAAAAAUCCUGGAGGAGAAAAGACUGUACAGCUCAAUGUUGUUGUUCUAGAUAAACCUGGAGAACCACAAGGGCCUCUUGUUGUCACAGGAAUAACCAAAGACAGAUGCUGCCUUGCAUGGAAACCACCAUUGCAGGAUGGUGGCAGCAAGAUCUGUCACUACAUUGUGGAGAGAAGAGAGACAAGCAGACUAAUCUGGACUGUAGUUGAACAAAAAGUGGAGAACAUUUGUCUAAAAGUUACUAAGCUCCUGGAGGGAAAUGAGUACAUCUUCAGAGUCCGUGCUGUCAACCAAUUUGGAGUAGGCGCACCACUUGAAUCUCCUGCUGUCAUAAUCAAGGAUCCAUACAUGCUACCUGGAUCGCCCAAGAACUUAGAAGUUUCAAAUAUUAAAAAGGAUUCAAUGGUGCUUACCUGGGAGGCUCCUUCUGAAGAUGGUGGCAGUCCUGUAACUGGAUACAUAAUUGAGAAGCAUGACAAAGAAGGCGUAAGAUGGACUAGGUGCAAUAGGCAAACAGUCACUGAUUUGAGUUUUAAGGUCAAAGGCCUUUUGGAAAGCCACAAUUAUGAAUUCAGAGUUGCAGCUGAGAAUUCUGUUGGAGUUGGUGAGCCAAGCUCCCCAACUGUUUUCUACAAAGCUCUUGAUCCUAUCUUUAGGCCUGGCCCACCACAUAACCCAAGAGUUACAGACACUACAAGAACAUCAGUAUUCCUGUCAUGGGGAAAACCCAUUUCUGAUGGAGGCUGUGAGAUUCAGGGAUACAUUGUUGAGUGCUGCUCUACUACUGCUGAAGCACCUGCAGCUGAAGGAGCUGCCACAGACACAGUUGUUGAAGAAUGGAUAAUGUGCACACCAGCUACAGGUGUUAAGAAGACUAAGUUUGAAGUUGCAAAUCUGAAAGAAAACCAGGCAUACAAGUUUAGAGUAUGUGCAAUCAACAAAGUAGGAGUUGGUGAGCAUGCUGAUGUCGCUGGAAUUGUUGUUGCUAAGGACAGAGCAGAUGAGCCAGACCUUGACAUUGACCCAGAACUAAGAAAAAUUGUUACCAUUAAAGCUGGUGCAUCCCUAAGACUCUUCAUUCCUAUCAAAGGCAGGCCCACACCUACUAUAAAGUGGGACAAAGAUGAAGCUCCCCUUAAAGAGAGUGCUCAGGUGGAGAUAACCAGCAGUUAUACAUUGCUUGUGAUUGAUAAAAUGAGCAGAAAUGACAGUGGAAAAUACACAGUCUCUGCAGAGAAUUCCAGUGGAACCAAAUCUGCAUUUGUUGUUGUCCGUGUCCUUGACACACCUAGUGCUCCUGUUAAUCUUAAAGUGAAAGAAAUUACAAACCAAUCAGUAACAUUGGAAUGGGAACCACCUCUGUUGGAUGGUGGAUCCAAGAUCAAAAACUACAUUGUUGAAAAAAGAGAAAGCACACGCAAAACAUUUGCAGCUGUUGUCACAAAUUGUCAUGCUCUUUCAUGGCAGAUCGAACCACUCCAGGAGGGCUGCAGUUACUACUUCCGUGUACUUGCAGAGAAUGCUUAUGGUGUUGGUCUGCCUGCAGCAACUGUUGAUCCUCUUAAGGUCUCAGAAGUGCCCCAGGCUCCAAAGAGUUUAAUUGUUACAGAUCAGACAAAAACAAGCAUCUCUCUGGCCUGGGAGAGGCCAGAAUAUGAUGGUGGUAGCAGGAUCAUGCAGUACUUGCUUGAGGUGCAGCUGAAGGGUCAAGAGAAAUGGUCUGGUGUAAACACUUUUAAGACAAUGGAAGCAACAGUCUCCAAUUUGAACCCAGGAGAGGAGUAUCUUUUCAGAAUUACAGCUGUCAAUGAUAAAGGGAAGAGUGACCCCAAAGUCCUUUCCGGGCCAGUGAUGACCAAAAACUUGGUCUUUGAGCCAGAUGUCCGUCCAGAAUUCAGCAGCUACAGUGUUCAUGUGGGCAAAGACAUUAACAUUGACAUUCCUGUCUUUGGACGUCCUAAACCUACCAUCACAUGGACUAAAGAUGGCGCUCCCUUGAAGUUUACUACAAGAGUCAAUAUUGUCAAUACACCAACACAUACAACACUAAGCAUAAAAGAGGCAGCAGGCGAUGAUGGUGGUAUGUACAGCAUAAAUGUUGCCAACUCAGCUGGAAAGAAGGACACAACAAUUGAAGUCAUUGUACUUGACAAACCUGGCCCUCCAUGUGGCCCUGUGAGAUUCGAUGAAAUCACAACACAGAGUGUCACUAUAUCAUGGGACCCACCAAAACACAAUGGUGGAUGCCAAAUUUCAAACUACGUUGUACAGAAAAGAGAUACGACUACUACAACAUGGGAGAAUGUUAGUAUCAACUGGGCCAGAACCACCAUAAAAGUAUCUAGACUAAAGACUGGAGCUGAGUACCAGUUCAGGAUCAUUGCCCAGAACCGUUAUGGUAAAAGCCAUGGUCUGGAUUCAUCUGCUGUAGUUGCUCAGUACCCAUACAGAGAGCCAGGCCCUCCAGGCACUCCUUUCAUCUCUUCUCUCUCUAGGGACCACCAAAUUGUUGAGUGGCAUGAACCUGUCACAGAUGGAGGCAGUCCUGUUCUUGGCUACCAUCUUGAAAGGAAAGAGAGGAAUAGUAUUCUCUGGGUCAAGAUCAACAAGACUCUCAUCCAUGAGACAAGUUUCAAGAGUUACCCCUUGGAGGAGGGUGUUGAAUAUGAAUACAGGGUUUAUGCUGAAAAUAUUGUUGGAAUUGGAAGGAGCAGCAAAGUCUCAGAGGGAUGUGUUGCCCGUGAUCCAUGUGAUCCUCCUGGAAUACCAGAGGCCAUCCAUGUGACCAAAGACACCAUUGUCAUUCAGUGGACUAAACCAGAAUAUGAUGGUGGAAGCAAUAUCACUGGCUAUAUUGUGGAAAAGCGUGAUCUGCCCGAGGGCAGGUGGGUAAAGGCAAAUUUUACUAAUGUGAUUGAGACCCAGUUUACAGUGACUGGUCUGACUGAAAAUGCACAGUAUGACUUUAGAGUCAUUGCUAAAAAUGCUGUUGGCACUGUCAGCAAACCAUCAUAUAACAGUGGACCUAUAACUGCAAGUGAUGCUGUGGAGGCACCAAAAUUCUCCAUUGAUCCUGCAUUCACUAAGACCAUUAUUGUCAAUGCUGGAGAGACAUUCAAGCUAGAUGCUGAUGUACGUGGCAAGCCGCUGCCAACAAUCCAGUGGUUCAAAGAUGACAAACCAGUUGAAAACACACUUCGACUAGAGAUCAGAAACACAGAAAACCAUGCAAUGAUUGUCAUUAAAGACUCCAUUAGAGUUGAUGGUGGAACUUAUACACUCCAGCUGACAAAUGAAGCUGGCAGUGAGACUGUUCCAUUUAAGGUUUUGGUACUGGAUAAACCUAGCCCAUGUGAAGGACCACUCCAUGUCACUGGAGUCGCUGAAGAUAGAUGCACACUGGUAUGGCACCCCCCUCUACAUGAUGGAGGUAGUCCUAUUACACAUUACAUCAUUGAAAGAAGGGAGACAAGUCGUCUAGCUUGGACUGUUGUUUCUAGCAACUGUGGCACCACAUGCUACAAAGUUACCAAAUUACUGGAAGGUGAUGAGUAUAUGUUCCGUGUAAUGGCAGUUAAUAGUCAUGGUGUAAGUGAGCCACUGGAGUCUGGUGCAGUAAUAAUGAAAACUCCAUUUGUUCUCCCUGGUCCACCUCACAUUGAGGAUGUAUCUAACAUUGCCCAUGAUGGUAUGACCAUCUCUUGGUCUGCCCCUGAGACUGAUGGUGGCAGUGAAAUUACAAAUUACAUAAUUGAGAAAAAGGAUAGAACCGGGAUCAAAUGGACCAGAUGCAACAGACAGAAGGUCACUGAUCUCUCAUUUAGAGUUACAGGCCUGACCACAGGCCAUGAGUAUGAAUUCAGAGUGGCUGCUGAGAACAUAGUUGGAGUGGGAGAGCCAAGCCUUGCAAGUUCAUACUACAAGGCCUGUGAUCCCAAGUACAAACCUGGAGCCCCAGGAUAUGUGCAUGUGAUUGACUCAACAAAGACUUCUAUUACUGUGUCAUGGGGUAAGCCUCUGUCUGAUGGUGGCAGUGUCAUUCAAGGAUAUAUUGUUGAAGUCUGCAAGGCUGAAGAGGAAGAAUGGACCAUGGUCACUCCUCCAACUGGCCUGCGUGUCAACAAAUAUGAAAUUACAAAGCUUACUGAGGGUCAGGAGUACAAGAUCCAAGUGUGUGCUCUGAACAAAUUGGGAGUUGGUGAGCCGGCAGUUCUCUCUGGAACAGCUAAGCCUGAAGAAAGGGUCGAACCACCUGAGAUCCACCUUGACUCUGAGCUGAGGAAGGGCAUUGUACUGAAAGCAGGCGGCUCUGUUAGAAUCAAUAUUCCAUUUAAGGGCAGACCAACACCUGAGAUAAAGUGGACUAAGGAUGACGGAAACCUGACUGAAAAACCAGUGGUCGAGAAAGCUCAUAAUUUCACACAGUUGUCUAUUGACUCAUGUGACAGAAGUGACUCAGGAAAAUACACCCUCACACUGACUAACAGCAGUGGCACCGUGUCUGAGGUUGUUUCAGUUAAAAUUCUGGAUGCCCCUGGGGCCCCACAGAACCUUGUUGUUAAAGAAAUCAGAAAGGACUCUGUCACUCUUGCUUGGGAUGCUCCAUUGAUUGAUGGAGGUGCCAAAAUCAAGAACUAUGUCAUUGACAAACGUGAAUCAACAAGAAAGGCAUAUGCAAAUGUGUCCACAAAAUGCACCAAAACAACAUUCAAAGUUGAGAACUUGAUUGAAGGUGCUAUGUACUACUUUAGGGUCAUGGCUGAGAAUGAAUAUGGAAUUGGGCCGGCUGUGGAAACAAAGACUGCCUCCAAGGCCUCUGAAGUACCACUGCCUGUUGGAAAGGCCUUCCUCACUGAUGUAACUAAGUCCAGUGUCUCACUGGCCUGGGAGAAACCUCAGCAGGAUGGAGGGAGCAGAAUUGCUGGCUAUCUAAUUGAGAUGCAACCUAAGGGUACAGAUAAGUGGGGAGUUGCAACAAAUACAAAAACAUGUGAAGGUACUGUCACAGGCCUUACAGCUGGAACAGAAUACCUAUUCCGCAUCAUUGCUUACAAUGAAAAGGGAAAGAGUGAGCCAAAAGCACUUGCUGCACCUGUGAUUGCCACUGACAUGACCAUGGAGCCCAGCAUCAAAAUUCCAUUCAACACUUACAGUGUAUUAGCUGGAAAGGAUCUAAAGUUAGAUUUUCCUGUUCUUGGCAAGCCAAAACCUAAAGUCACCUGGGCCAAGGAUGGUCAGCCUUUGAAGGUGACAUCAAGAAUGAAUAUAAAAUCCACUAAAACAACAACGGGAAUAGAAAUUACUGAGGCAUGCAAGGAGGACUUUGGCAAAUACACAAUUACAGCAGCCAACACCACUGGAACAACCGCAGAGGAUGUAUCUGUCAUUAUCCUCGACAAGCCUGGUCCACCAAAAGGGCCAAUCAAGAUUGUUGAAGUGAGCAACACCUUUGUCCACCUCUCCUGGGACCCCCCAGAGUACACCGGUGGAUGCCAAGUAAAGAAUUACAUAGUGGAAAAGAGAGACACAACCAGUACAACAUGGCAAACAGUCACCACUCAGCUAGCUAGAACAGCUUUUAAGGUCAGCAAGCUGAAGACAGGUUCAGAAUAUCAGUUCAGAAUCAUAGCUGAAAAUAGAUAUGGAAAGGGUGCGCCUCUGGAUUCCAAGGCCAUUGUGGUGCAAUAUCCAUUCAAACCACCGGGUCCUCCAGGAACACCACAUGUGAAAUCUGCAACUAAAGAAAUGAUGAUCAUUGAAUGGAAUGAGCCAGUCAAUGAUGGUGGAAGUCCAGUUAUUGGCUACCAUUUGGAAAGCAAGGAAAGAAGCAGCAUUCUAUGGAGCAAACUGAACAAGACUCUCAUCACAGACACACAAUUCAAGAUCGUUAACCUCGAGGAGGGUAUUGGAUAUGAAUUUAGAGUUUAUGCUGAAAAUAUUGUUGGCAUUGGCCGAUGUAGUAAAGUAUCAGAGUCCUUUGUUGCUCGCGACCCAUGUGAUCCUCCUGGUACCCCAGAAGCUGUAUCUAUUUCUAAGAACCAGAUCCGGAUUCAGUGGACUAAGCCUCAGUAUGAUGGUGGUAGCAAAGUGAAUGGAUAUAUUGUGGAAAGGAAAGACCUCGCCUCUCCUGAUGGACGCUGGGUAAGAGCUAACUUUACCAAUAUAGUUGAGACUGAGUACACUGUCACUGGUCUGACAGAAAAUGAGCAAUAUGAAUUUAGAGUUAUUGCAAGAAAUGCAGCUGGCAUCUUUAGCGAGCCAUCUGACAGCUCUGGACCUAUUACUGCUACUGAUGAAAUUGAACCACCAAGGGCCUCAAUGGAUCCUAAAUACAAAGAUGUUAUUGUUGUAAAUGCUGGAGAAAAUCUGCUUCUGGAUGCAGACAUCUAUGGAAAACCAAUUCCUGAGGUGCUCUGGCUGAAAGAGGGCAAGGAAAUGGACAAAGCCUUGCGCAUUGAAGUGAAAACUACACAGAAACGUGCAGCAAUGACGAUUAAGGAUGUAACCAAGCUUGAUAGUGGCCACUAUGACCUCACCCUCAAAAAUCUGGGUGGUACAAAAGUGUUCCCUAUCACAGUUAAAGUCCUUGAUAAACCAGGUCCACCCACUGGACCCAUGAAGAUUACUGGAGUCAUGGCCGACAGGUGCAUUCUUGCCUGGUCUGAGCCAGUUCUAGAUGGCGGAGCCAGUAUCACUCACUAUGUGCUGGAGAAGAGAGAGACUAGCAGGUUGUCCUGGACCGUGGCUGCAUCAGACAUCAAGGGUCUGUACCAUAAAGCAACAAAUUUGCUUCCUGGAGAUGAAUACAUUUUCAGAGUCAGAGCAGUGAACAAAUAUGGCAUUGGUGACUAUCUGGAAAGUGAACCCAUCAUUGCACGCAAUCCUUACAAGCCUCCUAGUGCUCCUGGAACUCCAGAAGCCAGUCUGAUCACAAAGGACUCUAUAGUUUUGUCGUGGACAGCUCCUGAACAGACUGGUGGAGCUGAAAUUGAAGGCUACCAUCUUGAAAAACGUGACAAAGACAGUGUACGGUGGACAAAAUGCAACAGACAAAAGCUUACAGACACUCAGUUUAAAGUCACAGGUCUGAUCACAGAUCACUUCUAUGAGUUCCGUGUUGCUUCUGAGAAUGAGGUUGGAAUGGGAGAUUUCAGUGAGCUGUCCCUGUUCUACAGGGCAUGUGAUGCCAUAAGACCACCUGGGCCUCCGCACCAUCCUAAAGUAACAGACUACACAAAGUCCUCUGUCUCUCUGUCUUGGGGCAAACCUGACUUUGAUGGCGGUGCUUAUAUCAAGGGAUACAUUGUUGAAAUGAGGGAGUAUACACCGGUACCUGAGUCAACAGAGGAGGCAGAGAUAGCACCAGCAGUAGAAGCACCAGUUGAAAAAGAAUGGACAAUGUUCACUCCACCCAGUGGCAUUCAAGCCACCAAAUUAACUAUAACAGACUUGAAGGAGGGUGGAGAGUACCAGUUCCGUGUCUCUGCAAUAAAUUCAGAAGGAGUGGGGGAGGCUGCUAAUGUCCAUGGCACAGUGGUUACUUCUGACAGGGCAGAAGCACCAGAGAUAGAACUUGAUGCUGAACUCAGAAAGGUUCUAUCUGUCCGUGCUGGUGGGACUCUACGCCUCUUUGUCACCAUCAGAGGAAGACCUGAGCCUGCUGUAAAAUGGGAGAAAGUUGAUGGUACCCUUACAGAGCGUGCUGUAAUUGAUACUACUAGUUCAUUCACCAUGCUUGUCAUUGACAAUGUUAAUCGCUUUGACAGUGGCAAAUACUCACUAACACUAGAAAACAGUAGUGGCAAAAAAUCUGCAAUUGUUGCAGUGAGAAUUUUGGAUACACCGAGUGCACCACAAAACUUUACCGUGAAGGAGCUAAAGAAGGAUUCAGUGACUCUUGCCUGGGAUAUUCCACUUACUGAUGGUGGCUCUAAAAUCACAAACUACAUCAUAGAGAAGAGAGAGUCUGUGAGGAAGGCCUAUGCUGCUGUCACCAGCAACUGUACAGCAAACUCAUUUAAGGUAGAAGACCUGCCAGAAGGUGGAAUUUUCUACUUCAGAAUCUGUGCUGUUAAUGAAUAUGGCCAAGGCCAGAUGGUUGAAACCAAAGAAGUAAAGGUUGCUGAGGUACCUUUGCCACCAAGCAAGGUUACCCUUGUAGAUUUGACCAAGACUAGUGUGUCACUGGCUUGGGAGAAACCUGCUCAUGAUGGUGGAUGCAAAGUAAUGUGCUACAAUGUAGAAUUUAAGCCUAAGAGUGGGGAUAAAUGGGGCACAGCAUGUACAGUUAAGGUACCGGAAGCAACUAUUCCUAAUUUAACUCCAAAUGAAGCUUAUUUAUUCAGAGUUGUUGCAAUCAAUGAGAAGGGGAAGAGUGAGCCAAAGGAUCUUGGCUUACCUGUGGUUGCAAAGGAUGUUGCUAUUGAACCAUCUAUCAACUUGCUGUUUACCACAUACACUGUGAAGGCUGGAGGUGACCUCACUUUUGAGGUUCCAAUAAGAGGCAGACCAAAGCCCGCUGUGUCCUGGAAGAAGGAUGGCCUUCCUUUGAAGCAAACCACAUCAGUUUCUAUCUUAAACACUGCAGCCUCAUCCAAAAUCAUUAUCAAAGAGGCUAAGAAGGAACAUGUUGGGAAGUAUGAAAUGACUUUGGCAAACACAGCAGGAACUGUUACAGCAGAUAUCGGAGUCAUUGUCCUUGAUAAGCCAGGUCCACCUAAAGGAAUUAAGGUGGAUGCAGUGACUUCAGACAGCAUCUCCCUUUCCUGGUCCCCACCAGAAUAUGAUGGUGGCUGCUCCAUCAGCAACUACAUUGUGGAGAAGAGAGACACAAACACACAGGAAUGGCAGAUGAUAGCAAGUAAUGUUGCUAGAACAGCUUUCAAAGCUGGCCGCCUUACACAUGGAGCAGAGUAUCAGUUUCGUAUUUAUGCAGUUAACCGCUAUGGAAAGAGUAGCUAUCUGGAUUCACCUGGAAUCACUGCUCAGUACAAUUUUAAACAGCCCGGACCUCCUUCUACACCCAUAGUGAAACUGGCCACCAAGUCUUAUAUGCUGGUGACUUGGAAUGAGCCAGUUAGUGAUGGUGGUAGUCCUGUUCUGGGCUACCACCUGGAGAGGAAGGAGCGUUCUAGCAUUCUUUGGACAAAGAUGAACAGAGGAAUGAUCAAAGAUACAGAGUACAAAGUCACUGGAAUUGAAGAGGGCAUGAUGUAUGAAUACCGUGUAUAUGCUGAAAAUAUUGCCGGUAUUGGUAAAUGUAGCAAGGCUUGUGAAGCUGUAGCAGCAAGAGAUCCAUGUGACCCUCCAGGUACACCCAUUAUCAUUGCAAUCACCAGAACAUCAGUCUCCUUAUCUUGGGAAAAACCAGAAUAUGAUGGUGGAGCAAAGGUUUCUGGUUACACAAUUGAACGCAGAGACCUUCCAGAAGGACGAUGGACAAGGUGCAACUUCACUAAUGUACCUGAGACCCAUUAUGAUGUGACAGGCCUUACAGAGAACAGCCAGUAUGAUUUCCGUGUCAUUGCAAAGAAUGCAGCUGGACUCUUUAGUAUACCAUCAGACAAUACUGGUCCCAUCACUAUUAAAGAUGAUGUGGAGCCACCACGCAUCAUGAUUGAUGUGAAGUUCAGAGAGACCGUGUUUGUGAAAGCCGGAGAAACUCUAAAGAUUAAUGCGGAUCUUGCGGGACGUCCUGCUCCUGUCAUUUCAUGGACCAAGAAUGGCAAAGAAAUCGAGCUAAGAGCUAGAAUUCAAAUUGUUUCAACAGACACCAGCACAUGUCUCACUAUAAAGGAUUGUAUCAGAAGAGAUUCUGGACAGUAUGCCCUGACUUUACAAAAUAUUGGUGGAACAGUUACCAUGCCAAUAAACUGUGUGAUUCUAGACAGGCCAGGACCCUCAGCAGGACCACUUCAGAUUACAGGUAUCACAGCAGCAGAGUGCACUCUGUCUUGGGGUCCACCUCAGGAAUCUGGUGGUGCAGACAUCACUCAUUAUGUUGUUGAAAAACGUGAGACCAGUCGGCUGUCAUGGACACUGGUGAAGGCAGAUGUCACAAAAACAUUCUUUAAAGUCACAGGCCUGCUCAAGGACAAUGACUAUAUCUUUAGGGUUCUUGCUGUUAACAAGCAUGGUGUUGGUGAAGCUCUGGAGAGUGAUGUUAUAAAGGUUACAGAUCCAUACACCUUUGCCACUGCUCCAGCUAGUGUUGAUGUCACUACUAUAACUGGAGACUCAAUGACCCUCACCUGGUGCAAGCCCGCCAAUGAUGGAGGCAGUCCCAUUACUGGAUAUGUGAUUGAGCGGCGUGAGAAAACAAGCAUGCGUUGGGUCCGUGUGAACAGAGAUCCAGUUCCUGAAUUUACCACAGUAGUAACCAAACUCCGCAAGGGUUGUGAAUAUGACUUCCGAGUUUAUGCUGAAAAUGCAGCUGGUUUGAGUCCACCGAGUGAACCAUCUGCAACAUUCAGAGCAGUAGAUCCUCUGGUCGUUCCUUCUCGACCAACCAAGCCAAAGAUUGUGAAUUCAACCAAAGACAGCGUGUCUAUUGUCUGGAAACCACCAACAGAUGAUGGUGGUGCUCCUAUCCUUGGAUACAGUGUAGAAUACAGAGACUACAUCCAGAAACCAGAGGAAGAGGAAGAAGAAGAAUAUGAGGAGGAAGAGGAGGUACUUGAGUCACCUGAAGAACUAGCAAGAUGGGUUGAGGCCAUCCCUCUUACAAAGAGCUUAGAAUUCACCAUCACUGGAUUGAAGACAGAUGCAGAAUAUGAAUUCUGUGUUAAAGCAAUCAAUAAAAUUGGCAACAGUGUGCAUAGUCCAUAUUCAAAUCCAUCUGCAGCAAAGGACAGAACUGCAGAACCAUCAUUUGAUGUUGACAUUGAGAUGCGUAAAGUGCUCUCUGUUAAGCAUGGUACAGCAUUUACUCUUAAUGUGCCAUUCAAGGGAAAUCCUUUGCCAUCAGUGACAUGGGCUAAGGAGGGUGUUGAUCUGAAAGUCAGAGGAACCAUUGAAUCAACAGAAUCCAGCACUUCAUUGACUAUUGAGAAGUCAACUAGAAAUGACUCUGGAGAAUACACUGUCACAAUUGAAUCACCACUGGGAAAAGCAACAUUGCCUGUGGUUGUCAAAGUACUUGACUCUCCAGGACCCCCAAUGAAUGUUAAAGUAUCUUCAGUGACCAGGGAUUCUGCAACCCUCACUUGGGAUCCUCCAGAGAAUGAUGGUGGUGAUGCAGUAAAGGCCUACCAUGUUGAAAAACGUGAGGCCAGUAAGAAAGCCUGGGUGUCUGUGACUGGCAACUGCCACACUCUGACUUACAAGGUGGAAGACCUACAGGAGGGAGCUAUCUAUUAUUUCAGAGUUAUUGGAGAAAAUGAGUAUGGAGUGGGUGUCCCUCAGGACGCUAAGGCUGGGACAAAGAUCACAGAGGUACCAAGUCCACCUAUGAAACUUGGAGUUGCAAAUGUUACCAAGGACAGUGUUACUAUUGCCUGGACCAGACCAGAAUAUGAUGGCGGAAGCAGAGUCACUGGUUAUCUUAUUGAUGCCCUGGAGAAAGGACAGACCAAAUGGGUGAAAUGUGCCACUGUGAGGACCAUGACUCACACAAUCAAGAGCCUUAGGGAAGGUGCUGAGUACUUUUUCAGAGUCCGUGCUGAGAACCAUGCUGGACUUAGUGAACCCAAGGAGAUGAUCGUUCCGGUUAUUGUCAAGGAAAUACACGAGGCUCCAGAGUUUGACCUAAAGAACUACCCCAAGAAUACAGUUUAUGUAAGAGCAGGAUCCAAUCUGACCUUUGAGAUUCCAUUAACUGGCAGGCCCAUGCCAAAGGUCACUGUUUCCAAGAACAAUAUUGUCAUUAAGGGAUCCAAGAGGCUGCUGACAGAAGUAACUCCAGAUAGUUUAAUCAUCACCCUAAAUGAAAGUGUUUCAGUGGAUGCUGGCAAAUAUGAAAUCACAGCCUCAAAUGCAGGAGGUACUACCAAGAUUUUCAUUAUCUUCGUUGUGCUGGACAGACCUGGACCUCCUGUUGGUCCAGUUCAGAUUGGAGAAGUUGGAGAGACCACAGUGUGUCUGAAAUGGACUCCUCCAGAGUACGAUGGUGGCAGUCCUGUUACGAAUUAUGUUGUUCUUAAACGUGAAACCAGCACUCCUGCCUGGGUAGAGGUGUCGACUACCAUUGCCAGAAGUGAAAUCAAGGUGACUAAGCUGACUAAAGGAGAGGAGUACCAGUUCAGAAUUAAGGCUGAGAAUCGUUAUGGUAUCAGUGAUCAUAUUGACAGCAAGCCGGUCAUGAUAAAGCUUCCAUACACUGUGCCUGGACCUCCAUCCACACCUUGGGUUAGCUAUGUAUCUAGAGAAAGUCUCACAGUCUGCUGGAAUGAGCCAGUAAAUGAUGGUGGAAACCCUGUGGUUGGAUACCAUCUCCAGAUGAAAGAGAGGACCAGCAUCCUUUGGCAGAAAAUCAAUAAGACCCCAAUCCCAGGAGACCAGUGGCGUGUCACAAACAUCUGCCCUGGUCUUAUCUAUGAAUUCAAGGUGGCAGCUGAAAAUUCUGCUGGUAUUGGGAAAAUGAGCAAAACAUCAGAAGAAGUGCUUGCUAUUGAUGCCUGUGAACCCCCGGCAAAUGUUCAUGUCACCGAAGUCACGAAGAACUCGGUCAGUCUGGCCUGGCAGAGGCCUCCAUAUGAUGGUGGCAGUAAGAUUACUGGUUACAGUGUAGAAAGGAGGGAGGCACCCAGCGGCAGAUGGGUGAAGGCCAACUUUACAAACAUCAUUGAGAUGGGUUUCACUGUAUCUGGACUGACCCAGGAUGAGUCUUAUGAGUUCAGAGUUUAUGCUAAGAAUGCAGUUGGGUCUGUCAGCAAUCCAUCUCUCAUUGCUGGACCAGUGACUUGUGUUGAUGCAUGUGGUGCCCCAGCUAUAGACCUUCCUCCAGAGUAUCUGGAUGUAGUUCAGUACAAAGCUGGAGCUACAGUUAAGCUCAGAGUAGGAAUUAUUGCCAAGCCUCUACCAACAAUUGAGUGGCUCAAGAAUGGAAAGGAGCUGGUAACAACCUCCACUGUGUCUGCUGAAAGCACAACGGACUCUUCUGCUGUUCUGAUCAAGGAUGCAACUCGCAAUGACACAGGUUCAUAUGAGAUCAAGAUUAAGAAUGUUCUGGGGUCAGCAUCUGCAACCAUCAGAACUGAAAUCCUAGACAAACCUGGACCCCCAGCUGGCAUUAUUAACUUCAACUCCAUCACAGCAGAAACAAUUAUGUUCAGCUGGGAACCUGUGCCUGAGUGUGACCAGGGAGGCUCCAAAGUCACCCACUACAUUGUUGAAAGACGUGAAACCAGUAGAGUGGUGUGGUCAACAGUUUCUGAAAGGUGUGAACAGACGUACAUUGCCAUUGGCAAGCUGGUCCGUGGAAAUGAGUAUGUAUUCCGUGUAAUGGGUGUUAACAAGUAUGGAGUUGGAGAACCACUGGAGUCAGAGCCUGUCAUCGCUAAGAAUGCCUUUGUAACUCCUGGGCAGCCUCAUACCCCUGAGGUGACCACCAUUACAAAGUCCACUAUGGUGGUGGAAUGGGGGAAACCAGGUGUGGAUGGAGGCAGUGCUGUGACAGGCUACUACCUGGAGAGACGAGACAAGAAGAGCUUGCGCUGGAUCAGAGUUUAUAAAGAACCUGUCACUGACACCAAACAGACAGUUUAUCACUUGACAGAAGGAAAUGAAUACCAGUAUCGUGUCUGUGCCAUUAACAAGGCCGGAGAGGGACCGUUUUCUGAUGCAUCAGACUAUUAUAAGGCUGCUGACCCAGUUGAUCCACCAGAUGAGCCUUGCAAGUUAAAGGUGGUGGACUCUACCAAGACUUCCAUCACUUUGGGCUGGUCCAAGCCAGAAUGGGAUGGAGGAAGUGAGGUCACAAGUUACAUGGUGGAAAAGCUUGUGGAGGGAGAAAAAGAAUGGGCUAUGAUUACCUCCAAAGGAGAGGUCAAAACAACAGAAUAUGUUGUCCACAAUUUAAAACCAAAUGUCAACUACUUCUUCAGAGUCUCUGCUGUCAAUUGUGCUGGUCGCGGAGAGCCUCUGGAGAUGACUGAACCAGUGCAGGCUAAGGACAUCCUGGAGGAGGCCCAGAUUGACUCUGAUGUUGCCAUGAGAACUCACUACAUUGUGAAGGCCGGCAAGGAUGUUGAGCUGUCUGUUCCAUUGAAGGGCAGACCUGCGCCCACUGCCUCUUGGAGCAAGGGAGAAGAAUGCAUUGACCACAAUCCCAAAUAUGAAUUCCACCAUUCAGACACAAGCACAGUCCUUGUUAUGCGUGAGGUGACCAAGCUUGAUACUGGAAAAUAUACAGUAAAGAUAGAGAAUGGUGUGGGUGAGCCCAAGACAGUGACUCUGUCUGUCAAAGUCCAAGACACCCCAGCUCAGUGCAGGAACCUGGUCCUGAAGGAGGUGACCCGUGGAAAGGUGACUCUCUGCUGGGAGGCCCCACUUCUUGAUGGCGGUGCAGAGAUUACUAACUAUGUUGUGGAGAAGAGAGACUCAUCCAAGAGAUCAUACUCUAUGGUGACAAACAAAUGCACAGACACAACAUACACCAUUGAAGAUCUUUCUGAAAAGACAUCCUUCUUCUUCCGUGUCUUAGCAGAGAAUGAGAAUGGUAUCGGUGAUCCAUGUGAAACACAUGAACCUGUUAAGGCUACAGAAACUCCAGGCCCAGUCAAGGAGGUUUCAAUGAAAGAUUCAUCAAAGACCUCCGUCACUCUCCAGUGGCUUAAGCCAGAUUACGAUGGUGGUAGUAUAAUCUCUGACUACAUUAUUGAGAAGAAGGUCAAGGAUGAAGAUUGGUCAUUAGGAGGAACAAGCAGACAGUGUGAGUUUGAGGUAAAGAAACUGAAGGAGCACUCAAACAUGUUCUUUAGAGUUGCUGCCAGGAAUGAGAAAGGACAUGGAGAUUUUGUUGAAAUUGGACCUAUCAAGGUCAUUGACUACAUUAUUACACCAGAGGCAGACCUUACAGAAUAUCCACAUGGUAGCCUCAGCAUUCGCCUGGGUCACAAUGUGCACAUUGAACUGCCAUACAAAGGCAAACCCAGACCUUCUGUUCUUUGGAUGAAGGACAACCUGCCGCUUAAAGAGAGUGAUCAAGUACGCUUCAAGACAACAGAAAACAAAGCCACCCUAAUGAUUAAGAAUGUGAAGAAGGACAAUGAGGGCAAAUACACCUUAACUCUUGACAACAAAGUGAACAGAAAAUCCUUCCACAUCCAUGUCAUCACACUGGGACCACCAUCAAAGCCUGUUGGACCUAUCCGACUGGAUGAAGUGAGAGCAGAGAGCAUUAUGAUCUCAUGGGAUGAACCAAAUGACUAUGGUGGUGGAGACAUAACUUGCUACACCGUGGAGAAACGUGAUACCUCCCAAAAGGACUGGAAGAUGGCCUCCUCCAGUGUACAGGAUACUCAAUUCAAAGUCACCAACCUUAUCAAAGGUGUCCAAUACCAGUUUAGAGUGUGUGCUGAAAAUAGGUAUGGUGUCAGCGAGCCUCUGCUUUCGCAAAUGGUUAUUGCCAAGCACCAAUUCAGACCACCAGGCCCACCAGGCAAGCCGAUUGUAUACAAUGUUACCAACGAUGGUAUGACCAUUCAAUGGGAGAAACCUAUCUAUGAUGGUGGCACCCCUAUUCAGGGCUAUCAUGUGGAGAAGAAGGAGAAGAAUAGCAUUAUGUGGCAAAAGGUGAACACUGUGUUGAUCAAAGAAACAGAUCACAGGAUUUUGGAGCUCAUUGAAGGCCUUGAAUACUCCUUUAGAGUCUAUGCACAGAAUGAUGCUGGGUUUAGCCGAAUGAGUGAUGAGAGCAAACCAAUCAUGGCCGUCAGUCCAGUUGAUCCUCCUGGCCAGCCUGAUUACACUGAUGUGACUAGUGACUCAGUGUCACUGAAAUGGGAUGCACCCAAACGUGAUGGCGGUAGCAAGAUUGUUGGAUACAAUAUCGAGAAACGCCAAGGACAUGGACGCUGGUUCAAGGCCAACUUGACUGAUGUGCACGACUGUCAGUAUACCGUCACUGGAUUGGCAACAAAUGAACGCUAUGAGUUUAGGGUCAUUGCCAGAAAUGCCAUGGGUGUUGUCAGUCCUCCAUCCAACUCUUCUGGCAUGAUUGUUGUCAGAAGUGAAAAUGCUCUUCCAAACAUUGAGUUUGGCCCAGAGUACUUUGAAGGUUUGACAGUCAAGGCAGGAGACAGCAUCAGGCUAAAGGUGACCAUCACUGGACGCCCAGUUCCCAAAGUUGUCUGGUUCCGAGAAGGUGUGGAGAUUACAAAAAAGAUGAUGGACAUUAUUACAGUUCCUGGAUCCAGCACCCUCUUUGUCAGGGAUGCUGAUCGUUCACACUGUGGGCUCUACACUGUGGAAGCUACCAAUGGGUCUGGAACCAAAAAGGAAAAAAUCCUUGUUCAAGUCCAAGAUACACCUGGCGAGCCUGUUGGACCAAUCACUUUCAGUAACAUCUCAGAGGGCAAGUGCAGUCUGUCUUGGAACCCACCAGAGAAAGAUGGUUGUUCUGAGAUUUCACAUUACAUCAUUGAGAAGCGUGAGACAGCCAAGAUUUCGUGGGCAUUGGUGUCUGAUGAAUGUAAGGAGUGCACCUUCCACGCAACCAAGCUCAUUAAGACUAAUGAGUAUCAAUUUAGGGUCUCUGCUGUUAACAAGUUUGGAGUUGGCAGACCUCUGGAAUCCAGUCCCAUCAUUGCACAGAUGCAAUACACCACUCCUGAUGCUCCAGGCACUCCUGAUGCAACUGAAGUUACGGGAGAGAGCAUCACCUUGUCCUGGACUCCUCCAAAAUCUGAUGGAGGAAGCCCGAUUCAUUAUUACAUCCUGGAAAAACGUGAAAAGAAGACUGUCCGGUUCUACAAGGUGAUCACCAAGAAGCCUAUUACUGACUGUGCACAUAGGGUCAUCAACCUGACAGAGGAUAUGGAAUACGAGUUCCGUGUUAUGGCUGUAAAUGAUGCUGGUGUUGGAACUCCUAGCAACAUCUCUUUACCCAUCAAAGCCGCUGAGCCAAAAGAUAUUCCUUGCGCUCCAUCAGUGGUCUGUGUUUCGGACUCCACCAGUACCUCCAUCAGUUUGGAAUGGACCAAGCCUGCUGACGAUGGAGGCAUGGAGAUUCUUGGCUACAUAAUUGAAAUGGUGAAGGGAGAAGAGGUGGAAUGGAAGAGAGUAAAUGAGGAGCUUGUAACUGAAACAAAUUAUGUGGUGACAGGUCUGCAGACAGGGGCUGAGUACAAAUUCCGUGUUGCAGCUGUCAAUCAUGUGGGUAGAGGUGAAGACAAGGAAAUUCCAGAGCCUGCUCAGGCAGUAGAUAGGCUAACAGUGCCACAGGUAGAUAUUGAUGCUGCCUUUAAGCAGACACACAUUGUCAAAGCGGGAGGUUCAGUGUGCUUGGGCAUCCACUUUAGAGGAAAGCCUAUUCCUACUGCCACUUGGGUGAAGGAGGAAGGAGAGCUCAGUGUCAUGUCAGAGGUAACAACUACUGAUGGUUACAGUUCUCUGAGCAUUGAAAACUGCUCUAGAAAUGAUACUGGCAAAUAUACUGUAAACCUAGAAAAUUCCAGUGGCAGCAAGGCUACUACAUUUGUUGUAAAAGUCAUGGACACUCCUGGACCUCCAGAGGCUGUUGCCUUUAUUGAGGUGACCAGAGGCUCAGUCACACUUAUGUGGAAAUCUCCUCUUAAUGAUGGCGGAGCCAGAAUCCAUCACUAUAUUGUUGAGAGGCGUGAGGCUAGCCGCCGCACUUGGCAGCAGUCCGGUAGCAAAUGCACACAGCACUACCUAAAGAUACAGGACCUGCUGGAAGGAGUGCCAUACUUCUUCAGAGUCUCAGCCGAGAACCAGCACGGUGUGGGUGAGGCAUUUGAGCUGACUGAGCCUGUCAUUGCCACUGCAGCACCAUCAGCUCCAAAGAGACUGGAUAUCCUCGACACCACCGACAACUCUGUGUCACUAGGCUGGCUGAAACCAGAGCAUGAUGGCGGUAGUCGCAUUCAGUGUUACGUCAUUGAAGCUAGGCCAAAAGGUACAGACAAAUGGGUAGUUGUUGGCAACACCAAAAAUCUGACCUAUGCUGUUGAAAAGCUCAACAAGGGUGAUGAAUAUGACUUCUGUGUGAAGGCUAAGAAUGAAGCUGGUUAUAGCAAGCCCAAGGAAACUCUGGCUCCUGUGCUGGUCAAAGAGCCUCACAUUGAACCUGCUGCUGACCUCAGUGAAAUCACCAACCAGCUCAUCACAUGCAGGUCUGGAAGCACUUUCACCAUCGAUGUUCCAGUCAGUGGCAGACCUGCUCCUAAGGCCACCUGGAAGUUGGAAGAAAUGAGACUGAAAAACACAGACAGAGUCUCAAUCAAAGUUUCUAAGGACAGAACCAGUAUCUCAGUUAAGGAGGCCAUGAGAGGAGAUGGUGGGAAAUACCAUCUGACUCUGGAGAAUGUGUCAGGAACCAGAACGUUUACUAUUGAAGUUAAUGUCACAGGCAGACCCAGUCCUCCAAGUGGACCAAUAGAAAUCUCAUCAAUUACUUCUGAGUCCUGUGUUGUUAACUGGCAUCCACCAGAAGAUGAUGGUGGCACUGACAUCACCAACUACAUCGUAGAGAAGCGUGAAUCUGGCUCAACAGCCUGGCAGCUCAUCAACUCCAGCGUGAAGCGCACCUCUCUCCACGUCAGUAACCUGACCAAAUACAUGCAGUACACAUUCAGGGUCUCUGCAGAAAACAGAUUUGGUGUCAGCAAGUCCACUGAGUCUGAGACUAUUGUCGCUGAGCAUCCUUACACACCUGCAGGUCCACCGACAAAGCCUAUAAUCUUUAAUGUCACUGCUAAUACAAUGACACUGCAAUGGGAGGAGCCCUACCAUGAUGGUGGAAGCAAGGUGACUGGUUACUGGAUUGAGAAGAAGGAAAGGAACAAUAUCCUGUGGGUGAGGGAGAACAAGAUCCCUUGCUUUGAGUGCUCUUACAAGGUGGAAGGUCUGGUGGAAGGCCUGGAAUAUCAGUUCAGGGUUUAUGCCAUGAACAGUGCUGGACUGAGCAAAGCUAGUGAGGCCUCAAAGGGAGCAGUUGCUCAAAACCCUGUUGAUCCACCGGGUAAGCCUGAAGUCACCAACGUAACAAGGACCACAGUAUCCCUGAAGUGGUCGUCUCCACUGUAUGACGGUGGCAGUCCAAUUGUGGGCUACAUCAUUGAACGCAAGCCAUACACGUUGACUGGCGAGGGCCGCUGGCUGAAGUGUAACUACACCAACGUGACUGACAACUUCUAUACUGUUACUGCGCUGGGAGAGGGAGAGCCCUACGAGUUCAGGGUUAUUGCCAAGAAUGCCAACCAGGUCUUCAGCAGACCCUCUGAGUCCACCGGCUCCGUGCAGUGCAAAACUGACUUUGAGCCUCCAAAGGCCCAGCUUGACAGCAAGCUGCUCUCUGAAACUGUGAUGGUCCGGGCUGGUUCAGACCUGGUUCUGGAUGCUGCAGUGGGUGGAAGACCUGAUCCUAAGGCUUCUUGGUCCAAGGGUAGCAGAGAGCUGGACUUAUGUGAAAAGUACCACUUGCAGUAUACCCCGACUAGAGCCAUGGCCAUCAUCAAAUUCUGUGACAGAGAUGACACUGGAAAAUACAUCCUCACAGUCAGGAACGUAAGUGGAACCAAAACUGCAGAGGUCAAUGUCAAAGUGCUUGACACACCUGGAGUUUGUGAGGGCAGCAUUGAGAUCAGUAAGAUAACAGAGGAAUCCUGCACUCUGAGCUGGAAGCCUCCUCUUGAAGAUGGUGGUGAUGACGUCUCUCACUACAUUGUGGAGAGGCGUGACACAAACAGACUUAACUGGGUAAUAAUGCAUGCCGAAUGCAAGGAACUGACCUGCAACAUCACCGGGCUGAUGAAAAACACAGAGUACCUGUUCAGGGUGCGGGGAGUCAACAAGUACGGUCCUGGAGUCUAUCUCCAGUCAGAGCCCAUGGUCGCCAGAAACACCUUUACUGUGCCAUCUCCUCCUGGUGCUCCAGAGAUCCUGGCAUCAGGAAAGGACUUUGCCACCAUUGAGUGGCUGAAACCAGAGAGCGAUGGAGGUAGCCCAUUAAUCCAUUACUUAGUUGAGAGACAUGAGAGAAAGAGUGCUCGCUGGGUGAAGGUGAAUAGGGAUGGUGCUCACUUAGACACCAUGCUGAAGGUGUCCAGUUUGACUGAAGGCAACAUCUACCAGUUCAGAGUGACGGCCAUCAACAAGGCUGGAGAAAGUGAGCCCAGCGAGGUUUCUCUAUAUGUUGUCUGCAGAGUGCCAACAUGUACACCUGCUCCUCCUUCUAUUCCUCGUAUCACUGACACACACGCUGACAGCAUCAGCCUGGCCUGGUCCCGACCCGUAGAGGAUGGAGGAGCUGAUGUGAUUGGCUAUAUUCUAGAGAUGAAGGAAGUGGGAGCAGAAGAAUGGAAGAAGGCCCAUGAAAAGACCCUGCGUACCACAGAGUAUGUAGUAACUGGACUUUCGGCAGGCAAGAAGUACUGCUUCAGAGUGGCCGGCAUUAACAUUAAUGGUACAGGAGACUUCAGUGACCCAUGUGCUGAGACCGAGCCAGUGGAGAGAAUUGAAACUCCUGACUUCGAGCUCCACGAUGACCUUAAGAAGACUAUCUGCUUGCGGGCCAGUGGCUCCCUUCGCUUAUUUGUUCGUGUCACUGGUCGUCCUGCUCCUACAAUAACGUGGAGCAAGCCUGGUGUUGACCUCCACAACAGAGGCUUCAUUGAGGUCACCAGCACUUCCACCACUCUCAUUAUUGACAAAGUCAACCGCUACGAUGCUGGCAGGUACACUCUGGUGGCGGAGAACUCUGCCGGGAAACAGGAAGUCAGCAUUUUGGUCAAGGUUUAUGAUACUCCUGGACCAACUGGGCCAAUCAAAAUGAAGGAACUGACCAAGGAGUCUGCAACCAUCUCUUGGGAUGCUCCAACUGUGGAUGGCGGUGCUCCUGUCAACAACUACAUCAUUGAGAGGCGUGAAGCGUCCAUGAGAGCCUACAAGACAGUCACAGCCAAGUGCAGUAAAACAUCUUACAAGAUCGAUGGCCUGAUGGAGGGCAUGAUGUAUUAUUUCCGUGUUCUCCCUGAGAACAUCUAUGGUAUUGGAGAGCCUUGUGAGACACCAGAUGUCAUCCUGGUUUGCGAGGUGCCUCUGCCACCACAAAAAUUGGAAGUGAUCGAUGUCACCAAGAGCACUGUCACCCUGGGCUGGGAGAAACCGGAACACGAUGGUGGCAGCAGACUGAUAGGUUAUGUCAUUGAAGCCUGCAAGUUUGGUACCGACAAAUGGAUGAAGGUGGCUACAUUGAAGCUCACAGACUUUGAGCACACCAUUGAGAAGCUGAAUGAGAAGGAGCAGUACUUGUUCAGAAUCAGAGCCAUCAACAGCCGAGGAGCCAGUGAACCCAAAGAACUUGUUGCAGCUGUCACUGUACAGGAACAGAGAGUAAUGCCAGUAGUGGACUUCUCUGGUAUUCCUCAGAAGGUUGUCAAUGUGCUGGCUGGCAAGACCCUGGAUCUGGACCUGCCUGUCAUCGGCAGACCUCCUCCUGUUUGCUCCUGGUACUUUGGUGACAACAAGAUAAAAAUCACAGACCGUGUCAAGAUCAAGAGUACUGGCAAGUUCACCAAACUGACGAUGUCUGACACCACCAUCGAUGACACUGGUGACUACACACUGGAGGUGAAGAAUGCUGUUGGUGUCAUCACUGAGUUCAUCAAAGUCGUCAUUCUCUCUAAACCUGAUGAGCCAAAGGGACCCAUCAGGUUUGACGAGAUUGAUGCCACCACCGUCACUUGCAGUUGGGAUCCUCCAAUCAGAGAUGGUGGAGCUCCCAUCAGUGGCUAUGUGGUGGAGCAGCGUGAUGCCCACAGACCUGGUUGGGUGCCUGUCUCUGACUCUGUCAGCCGACCAAUGUUUAAAUUUGAUAACCUGAUCGAGGGAGAUGAGUAUGUCUUCCGUGCAGCUGCUGUGAAUCGUUACGGCACUGGAGAAUUCCUGCAGUCUGAGAUUGUCACCUGCAGAAGCAUGAAGAAUGUUCCUGGACCACCUGGCCGUCCAGUUGUUUUCGAUGUUUCUCGUGAUGGUAUGACUGUGGCUUGGGAGCCGCCAGAUGAGGAUGGUGGCCUUGAAGUUUCUGGUUACAUCAUUGAACGGAAAGAAGUCAGGGCUGAUAGAUGGGUGCGUGCUAACAAGAACCCUGUAACCAUGACUAGAUACCGGUCUACUGAGCUGAUCGAGGGUCUUGAGUACGAACACAGAAUCACUGCCAUCAAUGCCAGAGGACUUAGCAAGCCAAGUCUGCCAUCUAAACCAGCAGUGGCAACAGAUCCCAUUGAUCCACCUGGCUGUCCUCAGAAUCCAAGGAUCACUGAUACCACAAAGUCCUCUGUGUCACUGGCUUGGAGUCCUCCUGAUGAUGAGGGAGACGCUAGGGUAGAUGGUUACCUGAUUGAGAUGCAGAAGGUGGGCACUAUGGCCUGGAUCAAAUGCAACACCACACCAUCUCUAAUUUGUGAGUACACACUGACCAACAUGCCACAAGGAGAGCAGUUCAAAUUCCGUGUGAUGGCCUGCAAUGCUGGUGGCUCUGGAGAGCCCGCUGAAGUGCCUGGAACAGUUACUGUGACUGAGAUGCUUGAAUCUCCUGAAUAUGACCUGGAGCUGAAAUACAAAGAUCUGUACGUGGUCCGCUACGGAGGAGUGCUUAGAUUAUCUGUACCCAUUAAAGGUAAACCUCAGCCAACCUGCAAGUGGUCAAAGGAUGGCGGUUUAGUGUCUGCCAGGGCUAUGAUUGCCUCCACUGAAGAUGCCAGUGAGCUUGUAAUCAAGGGAGCUGAGAGGAGUGACUCUGGUGUCUAUGAUCUCCUGCUGGAGAAUAAGGUUGGCAAGAAGAAAGUCCAAAUCAAGGUGAAGGUCAUUGGCAGGCCAAGUGCUCCAGAGGGACCAAUAGUCUUUGAGGAGAUUCAGGCCAACUCUGUCAGGCUCUCCUGGAAGGCACCUAUUGAUGACGGUGGCUCAGAAAUCCUUGGUUAUAUUGUGGAAAGACGUGAGGCAACCAGAAAUGCCUGGUAUACUGUAGACUGUAGAGUGACUGAAACUCAGUUGCUUGUUAAGGGCCUGAAGGAGGGAAAAGAGUAUCACUUCAAGGUCACAGCUGAAAACUCAUUUGGUAUCAGUGCAUCCCUGAAGUCUGAACAGCCAAUGGUACCCAUGACUCCUCUCUGUUCCCCUGAGCCUUCAACUACCCCACCAGAGAUUAUGGAUGUCACCAAGAGCUCAGUGGCACUUGCAUGGUCCAGACCAAAGGAUGAUGGAGGAUCUGCUAUCACUGGUUACUUUGUUGAGUACAAGGUGGUGUCUGCUGAAACAUGGUCCCGUCAUGAGGCCAAGAUAACCUCCACCAUGUUUACUCUACCUGGACUCACCCCAGAUACGGACUACCAGUUCCGCAUUGUUGCUGUCAAUGACAUAGGCGAGAGUGAGGCAGGUCCUGUGUCGGACCCAGUCACAUGCAAAGAUCCAUUCGACAAGCCCAGUCAACCAGGUGAAAUUGACACAGUGAACGUGAGUAACAACUUCAUCACAAUCCGCUGGCAAGCUCCGGAGUGUGAUGGUGGAAAGGAGGUCCUGGGCUAUUGGGUGGAAUACAGGAAGUCCACAGAGAGCACCUGGAAAAAGUGUAACAAGGAGAGACUUAAGGAAAAGGAGUUCACGGCACGUGGACUAGCUGAGGCCACAGAAUAUGAAUUCAGGGUGUUUGCUGAGAAUGAGACGGGAAUGAGCAGGCCUCGUAGGACUGCCACAUGUAUCAAAACCAAGCUGACUUCUGAAACUAAACCAAGCCUGAGAAAAGAAAUGGAUGAAGUAACUGCCAAACUUGGCCAGCCUGCAGUUAUGAAGUGCCAGAUUAUUGGAAGACCUGUUCCUGAAAUAAAGUGGUAUCAUGCAGGCAAGGAAAUUAUCGAGUCUCGCAAGUACGAGAUGAGCUCUGACGGCCGCAACCACUCCCUGUCAAUUAUGACUGACCAGCAGGAAGAUGAAGGCGAAUACACCUGCAAGGCCAUCAAUGACGCUGGAGAAGCAGAGACCACAGGCAUGUUGGUUUUGGAGGCGGCGCCAUCAUUCCACCCUGACUACCCACUGAAGGAAGUCCAUUUUGCUGGCCUUGGAACUACUCUGCGUAUCCAUGCUGUUUACAUUGGCCGUCCUGAGCCAAAGAUCAUGUGGCUGCAUGGGGCAAAGACUCUGGAAAACACAGAAGACAUAAGCAUUGAGACCACUGAGCACUACACACAUCUGGUCAUCAAGAACGUGCAGCGCAGAGUCCAUGGAGGCAAAUACAGAAUAAGACUGCACAACCACUUUGGCCGAGCUGACACCGCAUUCAGUGUUGAAAUCUACGACAAACCUGAUAUACCUCAGGGUCCCAUUGUUCUGGAUGCCCUGCUGAAGAACUCAGUGAUCAUCAGCUGGAAGCCUCCCAAAGAUGACGGUGGCUGCAUGAUUACAAACUAUAUUGUGGAGAAGCGUGAGGACAGGGAGGGCUCAGAGUGGGAACUGGUGUCGUCAUCCAUCAAUGGCACAUCCUGCCGUGUGCCCAACCUCAUCGAGAGUGCUGGAUACUUCUUCCGGGUCUAUGCCCAGAAUCGCUAUGGCAACAGCGAGCCACUGGAGCUAACUUGCCCGAUCCUCAUCAAGAGUCAGCUGGAGAGACCAUCGCCACCUCUAUCACCAGUUGUUUCUGGAAUUACUAAGGAUUCCUGCGUGGUUUCCUGGAAACCUCCUCUCAGUGAUGGUGGAUCCAAGAUCAAGAGCUACUACCUGGAGAAGAAGAACAAAAAGGACAAGCGGGAAUGGACUGAAUGGACUCCAGUGACCACAGAUGAAAUCAAACAAACAGUCUUUUCUGUGAAGCGCCUGACCGAGGGUGUUGACUACAUCUUCCGUGUCAAAUGCGAGAAUCUUGGAGGGCAAAGUGACUAUAGCGAGGAGACCACUCCCAUCAUUCCAGCCGCAGCUGUCGAGAUCCGUGCUCCUGCCUUUAAGGAGGAGCUGAGGAACAUGAGUGUCAAGUACAAGAGCAAUGCUACCCUUGUCUGUAAGAUUACAGGACAGCCCAAGCCUGUAAUUAAAUGGUUCAGACGAGGAAAAGAGGUCCAUUCUGAUGGAAAGAAGAUCAAGAUCCAGGAGUUUAAGGGAGGUUACCACCAGCUGGUCAUCACAGAGGCUGACGAGGAAGACUCCACUGUUUACCAAAUUAGGGCCACCAACCAGGGAGGCUCCAUCUGUGCCACUGUCUCUCUGGAUGUUGAAGUUCCUGCCAAGAUCAACCUGCCAAAGAAUCUGAAGGACAAGGAAGCCAUCCCUGCCCUGCGUGGAGAGGUGGUUAAUAUCAAGAUUCCUUUCAGUGGAAAACCAGAUCCUGUCAUCACAUGGCAAAAAGGACAAGAUCUAAUUGACAGCAAUGGACACUACCAGGUCAUUGUCACCAGAUCAUUCACUUCUUUGGUGUUUCCCAAUGGAGUGGAGAAGAAGGACGCUGGUUUUUACAUCGUCUGUGCCAAGAACAGAUUUGGCAUUGACCAGCAAACAGUUGAGCUGGAUGUAGCUGAUGUGCCUGAUCCUCCACGUGGUGUCAAAGCCAGUGAUGUUUCGAGAGACUCUGUGACACUGAACUGGGUGGCACCAGCAAAUGAUGGUGGCAGUAAGGUCAUCAGCUAUAUCAUUGAGAAGUGCCCCACCACAGCUGAGAGGUGGCAGCGUGUUGCCCAGUCCCGUGACACCCAUUACACAGUUACCAAUCUGUUUGGCGGAACGAGCUAUCAGUUCAGAAUUAUUGCUGAAAACAAGUUUGGACAGAGUGCCCCAUCUGAGUCAAGCGGACCUGUCAUGACAAAAGAGGACAAAUCCCGAGUUCUGCUCUAUGACAGGGAGGUUGAUGAUACAGGAUAUGUCCCCAGGAGCAAGGCUCCACACUCUGAUGCCAAGAAUCUGCACAACAAAUUUGCCAUUGCAGAGGAAUUGGGCAGAGGGCAGUUCGGCAUUGUCCACCGCUGUGUUGAAAUUAGCUCUGAAAAGACUUACAUGGCUAAAUUUGUCAAAGUGAGAGGUGCUGAUCAGACAUUAGUAAAGAAAGAAAUUGCAACACUGAAUUUGGCCAGACAUGCCAAUUACCUUCUCCUCCACGAGUCCUUCGACAGCCCGGAGGAGCUGGUGAUGAUCUAUGAUUUCAUCUCAGGUGUUGACAUAUUUGAGCGCCUCAGUAUAGCAGAGUUUGAACUUAAUGAGCGUGAAAUUGUUAACUACAUCAGGCAAGUCUGCUCAGCUCUUGAGUUCCUUCACACUCAGAGUUAUGGACACUUUGAUAUCAGACCUGAGAAUAUUAUAUACACUACUAGAACCAGCUCGAAUGUGAAGAUUAUUGAGCUGGGACAGUCCAGACACCUGACUCCUGGAGACCAAAUCAAGAUUCAAUAUACCACAGCAGAGUAUGCUGCCCCUGAGAUCCACCAGUGUGACAUGGUUAGCACAGUCACUGACAUGUGGUCAGUUGGUGUUCUCGCCUAUGUGCUUCUCAGUGGCCUUAAUCCAUUCACAGCUGAAACCAACCAACAGACGAUCGACAACAUUUCCAGUGCAGCCUACAGCUAUGAUGAUGAAUCCUUCAAGCAAGUCAGUGUCGAAGCACUAGAUUUCACAGACCGCUUAAUGACAAAGGAGCGUAAGCAUCGGAUGACUGCAGCUGAGGCACUGGCACAUCCUUGGCUCACCAAACCUGCAGAGGAGAUCAGUGCCAGAGCAAUCCCAACUGGCAGGCACAAGAGAUACUGCCAGACAAUGGUGAAGAAAGAGUGGAACACUGUUGUCUCUGGUGCCCGUGUGGCUAGCGGGGGUUCCAUUAGGUCUCAGCGUGGCGUCUUUGUUGCUAAGGUGAAAAUUGCACCAUUUGAACAUGGUCCUCUUGCAGGGCAGAUUGGCCACGCAGUGGUGAAUGAGGGUGACAACGUGAAGUUCAUUUGCAACAUUGACAACUAUGAUAGCACUACUGAAGUAACAUGGUACUGUGGUGUCAAGCAACUUGAAGCUAGUGACAAGUAUGAAAUUGAAUAUGAAGAUGGUCUGGCAGUAAUCACCAUCAAUAAGCUCACAAGAGCGGAUGAUGGCACGUACAGAUGCAAGGUUGUAAAUGAGUAUGGUGAGGACAGUGCCUAUGCGGAGCUGUUUAUCAGCAGUGUUAGGUCUUACCGCGAUUUCUUCACUGCCCGUGUGGUUAAGAGAACAAAGCGCAGAGUAGAUACUGCCAGAAUGCUUCAGAAGCCACCAGAGUUUACACUUCCUCUGGUCAACCAUACAGCUUAUAUGGGUGAGGAUGUGCGCUUUGGUGUUACCAUUACUGUGCACCCUGAACCUCGUGUCAUCUGGCACAAAUCUGGACAAAAGCUUAUCCCUGGACAUGAUGACAAGAAAUACACUUUCAUCAGUGACAAGGGCUUGUACCAGCUGAUUAUCCACAAUGUGGAGACCGAAGAUGAUGCAGAGUACAGUGUUGUGGCCCGUAACAGGUAUGGGGAUGACAGCUGCAAGGCUCGUCUCACUGUUGUUCCUCGACCUAAACCAGCAGAUCUCACCCUGAGGCCCAUGUUUAAACGUGUGCUUGCAAAUAUCGAUUGUAAGGAGGGCCAGAACAUACGUUUCGAGAUCAGAGUAUCUGGUCGUCCAUCACUGAAAUGGGAGAAGGAUGGCACGCCUUUAGCCUUUGGACCAUCCAUCGAGGUUGUCCAUGAGGGCCUGGAUUAUUACAUUCUUCAUGUGAAGGACACUCUUCCUGAGGAUUCUGGUGUGUACAGAGUUACUGCUACCAACUCUGCUGGAUCCGCCAGUUGCCAGGCCACACUGAAAGUGGAGCGCACCACUCAUGUAAAGAAGGAAUAUGAGCCUAGUGAAAAGGAGAAGCAAAAGAUUGCCGGAAAGGAAGAAUUAGACAAAAAAGUUAGGCUCUCUCAGAUUUUGGCUGGCACUGUUGUCACCCCUCUACCACCUGCAGCAGUAGAAGCUGUCAGGGAAGCCGCCACCAUGUUUAAACCUGCUGUUACAACUAAGAAGGGUGAGAAGACUGAAGCUGAGAUACAGAAAGAGCAAGAGGAGAGGAAGAAGAGAGCAGAUGAGAAGAGACUGCGUAUGCCCUAUGUUGUCCCCACACCUCGUAUCGUUAACCCAGCUGUUCUUGAAGAAGAUGUAGAAAUAAAACACUUCAAACCUCUUUCUGACAUGAAAUGGUAUAAGAAAUUGCGGGAUCAGUAUGAAUUCCCUGAGCCAAUGGAGAAAAUCCCACAGAAAAGGAUGAAGCGUAUCCGUCUGUCCCGGUGGGAGCAGUUCUAUGAGGUACCAAUCAGGAUUAAGGACCAAUAUAAGCCAAAGUGGCGCUUUUCAUCUAUGACUCAGGAUGACUUGGAGACUGUGAGGCCAGCAAGGCAUCGCACUCCUUCUCCUGAGAUGGAGACCUACCACAGAAUCAGGAGGAGGUCUCUAGGUGACCUGUCAGAUGAGGAGCUGCUGCUUCCUGUGAAUGAGUAUCUGUCCAUGAAGAGAACUGAGGAGGAGAGGCUUCGUCUGGAGGAAGAACUGGAGCUUGGCUACUCCGCUUCUCCACCUAGCCUUAGUCCAGUUCACUUUGAGUUGUCUGCCCUGCGUCCCUCAUCUCCUAGAAGGGUCUACGGUGAAGAUGAAGAGGAGGAAGAAGUUCACAGAUAUGAUUCCUACAGAAUUCCAUCCAAAUAUGAGGCUGGCCCAAGUUUUGUUGAUCUCCGCCAGCGUCAUGACAAAACAACUUAUAAACCUCCAAGGCAAAAGCAGAGGGUGUAUGAAGAAAGAGAGGACCAGGAGCUGCUGCGGCCACACACGACUGCUCAGAGAAUCACCUCUUACAAGAGUGAACUCAAACGAAUGGAGUUUGAGGAGAAGACACGAAUCUCACAAAAGGAAAGCACUGUUGCUGUUUCAAGAAUCUCUGAAGUCACAGAAUCUGAGCACCUGACAGCUUUUACCUCAGAAUAUAUCCCUAAACCAAUCAAAAAGCUCCCAGAGCCCGUGAGGAAAAGAUCCCCUACCCCAGAAAAGGCUGUCAAGACAGAUGUGACACUCCCUAAGGUUGACUUCAUGUCCAGGUAUGAGGAGAGAAAGCAGGCUCUGAGAUCAGAGAGAAGAUCUGUAGAGAGAAAGGUUGAGGUGGUGACACAAGCACCCUUCAGCCUUGACCAUCCCCCACGCAUUACUGUCAGGAUGCGAUCUCAUCGUGUUCCUUAUUGGUCCAACACAAGAUUUACCCUGAAUAUCCAGGCCAAACCUGAACCUGAGGUCAAGUGGUUCCACAAUGGAAAACAAAUCCAUUUGAGCAGCAAAUAUACCAUGACCAACAUCAGUGGAGUCCUGACUCUCCAGAUCAUCAACUGUAUGACUGAAGAUUCUGGCACCUACCGUGUGGUUUGCAAGAAUGCCAAAGGAGAGACUUCUGACUAUGCCACACUAGAUGUAGCAGAUGAAUACGCUGCCUUCUCUUCACUUCGCAAAGAUGAGGAGCCUCCAUCUGCCCAUCUGCCAGAGAUGACCAAAACAGAGGUAUAUCACGUCUCAUCCUCUAAAACAUUAGUAACGGAAGCUGUAACUGAGACUGUGAAGGAGACCACUACUGUUGUUGAGAAGCCAAAGGAGAAGCCCAGUGUCCCUGCCAAAAUUCUGACUAAGCCACAGUCCCUCACUUUAGAGGAGGGACACACUGCCAGAUUUGAAUGUGAUGUGGAUGGUGAACCAGCACCUUCUAUAAGCUGGCUGCGUGAAGGAGCAGUUGUUGCUCCCUCUGCCCGACACCACAUUGUGUCUACUCAGUACAACUCCUCCUUUGAGAUCUCCUCUGUUGAGAUGUCAGAUGAAGGCAGCUACACUCUCUUAGUCGAAAACGCUGGAGGCAAACAAGAAGCCCAUUUCACCCUGACCAUCCGGAAGUCUGAGUCAAAGGAGAAAGUGGUUGCCCCUCCCAGAGUAACUUCUCCAGAGGCUAAAUCCCCUCUUGCAAAGUCCCCUGAACCGGUCAAAUCUCCCCAGAGGGUGAAAUCCCCUGAGCCAGUCAAGUCACCACAGAGAGUGAAGUCUCCAGUCUCACCAAAAUCCCCAACACCAAAAUCUCCAACACCAAAAUCCCCAACCCCAAAAUCUCCUACUCCCAAAUCCCCAGUCACAUCUCAGAAGGAAGAAGCGAUUUCUCCAAUCAAGCCAAAGAGAGUGAUGUCACCGCCUCUCGGAAAGAAGCCGUCCUUCUCUGUUGGGCUGAGUGACAUCACAGCGUACUCUGAUUCUGUUGUGAAGCUGUCAGUAAAGUUGACAGGAGAGCCCACACCUACAAUCUCGUGGAUGAAGGAUGGAAAGGUUUUGUCUCAAGGUGGAAAGUAUGAAUUAUUUGAGGAUUCUGGCUCCGCUCAUCUCGAGAUCUAUGAAUUGGAGGCCUCUGAUAGUGGGGUGUACAAGUGCACUGCUACAAACAGCACUGGAGCAGUUUCAACUAUGUGUACUGUCAGUGUACAAGGCUCAAAGAGCUCCAAAACAAAAGCUGAAAUCUCUGAGGACGUUGUAAAAAGAGAAAUGAUCCAUGAAGAAAUCUCGUCUUCUGUAAAGGAGGUGAAGACCUCCCACAGCCAGAUGUCGAUCACAGAGGGCCAGUCUCUAACACUGAGGGCGAGCGUCCCUGGUGCCUCUGACGUCAGAUGGAUCCUAAACGGGGUUGAACUGACCAACUCGGAGCAGUACAGAUAUGGAGUAUCUGGAAGUGACCACACCCUAACCAUCAGGACGGUGACUGAGCAUGAGCAGGGGAUCCUCACGUGUGAGGCGCAAACACAGCGAGGACUGGUCCGCUGUCAGUUUAACACCACGGUCACCACCAAGCGAUCAGACGCGCCUCAUUUUCUGGUGCAGCCCAGGUCCCAGAAUGUUAAUGAAGGACAAAAUGUGAAAUUCAUGUGUGAAAUUGCAGGAGAGCCUUCUCCUGAAGUGGAGUGGUUGAAAGACAACAUGAUUAUAUCUGUCACAUCAAACUUGAAACUGAGCCACUCUAAGAAUGUGUAUACUCUGGAGAUACGUGAAGCCACAGUUGCAGACAGUGGGAAAUACACAGUAAAGGCCAAAAAUCAGUUUGGACAGUGCUCUGCAACUGCGUCCCUCAACGUCUUCACUCUUGUUGAAGAACCGACAAAAAUUAUAAUCGCAGAACAAAGAGCUUCUACUGACACUGCAGCGAGCAUGCAGAAAAGAUUCAUGGCCUCCUCAGUUCACAUGGAAGCAGCUUCCAUGCAGGCCAGCAGUGUCAGCAGCAGCUCCCGCUCUGCUGCUGCCGGGUUUUCAUUUGAGAGCAUGUCUGCGACUAGCAUGUCAGCCACGAUGGCCGAGUCGGUGGUUUCCAUGAGCUCCAGGAGCACGAUGAUGGAAAUGUCUGCUCAUACGCAUGCCGAGUCCUCAUCUUCACUGAAGGCCCUCACCACGGGGAUUAAAAGAGGCACUCCACCAAAGGUCGAAGCUCUUCCAGAGGACGUGUGCGCAGAGCCGGGGAAGUCUCUAACCGUAGUGGGGAUGUUCUCCGGAGACCCCACACCCUCUGUCAAGUGGGUCCGCUCAGGUCGGACGCUCCCCAAUGGGGAUGAGCGAUACCACGUGGAGAAUACCACUGACCUCUCCACCCUCGUGAUCUCUGCAGUGAAGGAGGCUGAUGCCGGAGCGUACACCCUCAGACUGUCCAACGAGCUCGGCUCCGACUCUGCAACCGUCAACAUUCGCAUUCGGUCCAUGUAAAAAGGAAGACAAAGUCAAUUCACGUCCCCCGUUUCCCUCAUCCAGAACCUCUUUAUUUAGUGACGCAGCACCAAUAAUCCUACUUGAUAAAGAUCUGGAUUUCUGUUCUUGUAAAUAUGAACUAUUUUUGACAUUAAUUUAUGCCAAACUAGACUAAAGUCUAAAGUUGUUAUAAAAUGUGCCAUAUUGGACAGUUAUGACUUAGGAUUUUUGAGAGACGUUUCUGUGACAUGUACAUAAUGUAUAUAGCCGAAUUUAACGGUUAUGGGAAAUGUAUGCAUUGUUAUUUAUGACAAUAUAAUA